CCGCCUCCUGCCGGCCACUUUUGCGGCUGCUUCCCGCGGCCGCCAGAGCGAGCCGAGCGCCGUCCUCGUUGUCGUCGUCGGGCAGGCGGAGAGCGCGGAGAGGCGGCGCGGCAUGGAGCCUCCGCUCUGAGCUCCGCUCCGUCGUCGUGGAAGAGACAGGCAGGCAAGAUGCUGCCGGCGGAGCGGCGGACGGCGCCUCCGCCUCGCGGGGACUGAGGAGCAGGGCGGCGGCGGCGGCAGGACGGGCGGACGGAGCCGUGAGAGCGCACGGAGCGCGGGAGCUGCUGCUGCUGCUGCUGCCUUGGCGGAGCCGCCGCCGGUCCCGGGGACGAUUUGCCUGCCAUGAUCGCCGCCGGCGUGCUCUGCCUCUUCCUCUGCCUGGGUGAGUGACCGAGCAGGUGCGCCGGGGAAGGUUGGACCCUGGACGGCGAAGCGGAGGGGCGCCCCAGCCUAGGCUGAGAGCAGGGUGGGGGAAGACUGGAACGGGGGCGCGCUGGUGGGUCUUCUUGUGUGAAGGGAGGACGGGUGUGUGUUGGAGGGGCGCAUCUGCCUGGUAGGGGGCGUCUCAGCUGGUGGGGGGCAGCGCUGCCUUUGCCAGCUGGGAGCGCGGCAGGAAAUGGGACAUGGCUGGCGGGGGGGAUGGGGGGGGGGUCGACUGCUUCACCGCAGCGCUUCUGAUCGGAACUGCUUCCCCGCCGCCAAGGUCGGCUUGGAGAGCCCCCGCCGAAAGUUUAGUUGAAAGAAGGAGAGCGCGGGGGUGAGGGCGGCAUUGUCACCUUUGUCUUUGCAGGCCAACCGGAGCUGUGGGGGUGGUGGUGUAUUAGGUUGGCGGGGGGCGUCCUCUCUUUUUGUCCGGAGGAAUCAACCUCCCUGGCUUACGAGCUGGGGGGGGGGCAUAAAAGUGCGCCUCGCCCGCCUGCUGGAGGGUACUGAGAGGCCAGUCUCCUGGGGUUGCCCCAGGUCGAGUCCUAGGUGGAGGGGCGGAUGGCCGGGGGGGGGGUGUCCUGAAGGGCGAAUUGGAGAAAUAGGCCAGGGCGAUGGAGAGAGGGGGGGUGUCUCCUGCCCACCCACCCAUAUAUAUGAGGGGAGAGAAACUGUAUCACCUCCAUCUCUCCCCAAAUGCUGACACCAGGCUGCGGGCGGCCAGCGCCUCGUGAAGAGACCGCCUUAAGUGCUUUGCUGGACUAGAAAAUGACCUCAGUGGGAGCUAAGCACUUGCCCACCCCCAGAAUGCCAGAUGUCUGUGCAGAAGCAGAGAGGGAAAGGGAAAGGAAGGGUCUUCCUCAAGAGAAGGUCCAGCCUCGCAAAGGUCCGUGGCAGGAAGACCAGCUGGAACAGGCGCAGGGGCCCCAGGAGCCCACUGACCCAUCUUUGCCCUCUCUGGGCAUCCUGGCUAUAACUGGGCAUGAGAGAGCAAUCCUCGCCACACUGGGGGAUGCAGCUCACGCCUGCCCUCCUGCCACAACCUGGCCACUCCCCAUUUGCCGCUUGGGCUAGUGACUGGUGCUGUCACAGAGAGAGCCUCAGUUCUCAAUGGAGGAAGGGUGCGUGUGUCUCAUUUCAGGCCUGCUGAGCCCCCCAGCCUUUCCCCACCUCUGCCUCUUCUCUUUCCACUGCCCUUGCCAAAUGCAAUGCUUUCGGAGGCUGAGACUGACCCCAAUCGUCAUGUUGUCUUUCUCUGCACAAAUGUGUGUGUAUGCAAACAACACAGUGUAAGGAGAUGGUGGGCAGGAUUGGGCCGUUGGCAACAGCAAUGAGCAGCAGGGCUGAUGAUGAGGUCCAGGGUCCAGUGGACCCCCCCCAACUGGAUCUAGACUGCCCACCUCCUUCCUUUCACCUGGAAUACUCUCCAACAACCUGGUGCCCUCCUGCUGUGUUGGGGAAGGGCUGUAGCUCAGUGGUAGAACAUCUGUCUUGCAUGUGGAAGGGCCCGGGUUCAAUCCUUGACAGCAUCUCCAGAAGGGGCUGGGGGAGAUCCCCUGCUGGAAACCCUGGAGAGCAGCUGCCAGUUGGUGUAGACAAUACUGAGCAAAAUGGACCAAUGGUCUGACUCACUAUAAGGCAGCUUUCUGUGUUCCUAUGCAACUUCCCUUGGUGUCCUAACAAACCUACAGCUGUGUGAUGCUUCAACGAAUGGGAGAGUCACUGCGCUGGCUGGGGUGGUGGUGGUGGUGGUGGUGAGAGUUGUCGUCCAAAACAUCUGGAAGGUGUCAGCCAGGUUGGUGAAUAAAGCUGCUCUCGUGUGGUGCUGAUUCUGGGAGUUGAAGUUGAGUUGCAAAGCCGCAGCUGGCUCGCCCUACCUUUCAAGAGUGGCGUGCAACUGAAACCAUUUCCUUAUUGUACGAUAAGGAAAGCUGGAACUUGUCAGCAGAACCAACAGCCCAGCUCCACAAAUCUGCUGUCCUCUGUGUGUGUUGCCUCACAUAUGACUUUUAAAGAAAAAGAGCGUACAUGUUUAUGAAUGUGUUGUGGGUUUGGGGGAAAGCGUACAACCUUGACUAGCUGGCAGCAAGCAUUUCUGGCUUUCUUUGUUGGGGGCGGGGGGGAUAUUCUGUCUUCUGGAGGCGUGUGUGGGAUUUCUUCUUCUCUUGAUACGGCAGCAAAGUGUGGGCUGGCACUAGGACAGGUGAUCCAGGCAGGGGGCAAACCAAUUACAAAUGCAACCUUUGGAACAGGAGCUUGGCACCCAGACAAACUGCAUGAUUAGAUUUUCAGAUCUGCUUUCCGUUUGCUGGCUGACCACAGACAUCAAUAGGUGCCUGGGAUAACUUGGGUGUCCAGAAGAUUUGGCAGGCAAAGGCAUUGGUUUUUUGUUUUUCGCACAAACCAGGUCCUAGAUCACCAAUGCAGAGCAGGUCCAAAAUCCAUGGAGAGUGUCUCGUUGUGAACUGACAGGACAUCAAUUCCAUGGAUGUCUUUAGGCUGGCUUCUGAACAGGGUCACAAAACGAGGAAGAAGCUGAUCUUUUUAAAGUGGGAUGGGCUCAGGCAUCAUGUGAAAGGCGAGAGAUCCCAGUGGGGGGGGGAAUGUGGUUUUCAGGCCCCUGUUCUUGAUGCAGGGUGUGGGAUUUAGGGGCUAGGUCUCCUGGAAACAACCCUUGGGGAAUUCCUAUAGCACUGUGAGCUUUGUGUCCAUGGCUUGGAUUAAAUUAUCCCUGAAUGGAAGCAUAUUCUGGAAACAGAGAAACUGAAACAGGACAGAUGGAUCACCGAGUCUUAACCAAGUGGAGUAUCGUUGAGUUGGGUGCUCUUGAUUGCAGUUGCAGUAGAGUAAAUACGGUUCCUGCUGUUUUGUUGCUAAAUUUAGUUCUCUCUUGAUACCUUGGGAUAUAGUGGUCUCAUCUGGGCUGGAUUAUCGUGAGUGGGACCUGUGGCAGUUUGGUGGGUGACUUUUUCCAUCCCUCUCAUGGAUGAUUCUGUUAACGAUCAAGGUUGCUGCUGCUUGCUGAAGCUGCUUCCUUGCUUUGUGGAUCCCAAGCCUAGAGGGAGGACUGCUUUGUUUCCUUACUGUGCUUGGUGUCUGCUCCUUCUAAGAGUGUUGUUUGGUGGUGAUAAAGUCAAAGCAACCAGUGUGGUGUAGUGGUUAGAGUGUUGGACCAGGGCCUGGGAGAUCAGGGUUCAAAUCCCCACUCAGAUAUGAAGCUUCCUGGGUGAUCUUGGGCCAGUCGUUCACUCUCAGCCUAACCUGCCUCACAGAGGUCUUGGAGGAAAAAGUGGGAUAUCAGUGCAACAAACAAACAAACAAACAAACAAAUAAUAUUCUGCCACCAUUUGCCAUUGCAACUUUUCUAUGCUGCCUUGCAUAAGUGUUUGGUGAAAAACUGCCUAAUCUCAUAGCUAGACAAGCACACAGUGCUGACAUGUUGGUCUCUAGGGCUGAAGUGGCUUCUGAAUUCUGUCUUGGCCUUCCUCUGACAGUCACACAAGGAAAGGAACAGGUACUACAUGGGAUGAAAUUGUCUCUCAGCACGUGUUCCCUGGGCGCUGGGCUCCACUCCUUUCCAGAAAUUUGAUCAGAGAUGCAUUGUCUGGUUAUGCAAGUCUGCUAUGCUCAAGGGGGGCUUUUCCAGAUGAGGGAUGAGCUGCGCUAGACAAGGGUACCAAAGUUGCCUAAAGGGGGAGGGAAGACCAUUGCUGAACACCAUUCAGAUAAUGGCUCUCUUCCAAGUGCUUGUGUGUGUGUGUUGUUGGGGGGGCAGGGGAGGAAGGAGCAGGGGGAAUCACAUUUCUCCUGCACACAACAAAAAUGAAUGGCAACAGCCACUUCUUCAAACAGCACAUGGUUAAACUAUAGAACUCCCUCCCACAGAGCAGGAAUCAGUGAUGGCCUCCACCUUGGAUGGGUUUAAAAGAGUAUUAGACAACUUCAUGGCAAAGAGGUCUCCUAGCCACAAUGGCUAUGCUGUGGAGGCAGCAAUGCUUCUGAAUACCAGUUGCUGGAAACCAGUGGAGGGGCGAGUACAGUGGUACCUCGGGUUAAGAACUUAAUUCGUUCCGGAGGUCCGUUCUUAACCUGAAACUGUUCUUAACCUGAGUUAUCACUUUAGCUAAUGGGGCCUCCUACUGCUGCUGCACCGCCGCCGAACGAUUUCUGUUCUCAUCCUGAAGCAAAGUUCUUAACCCGAGGUACUAUUUCUGGGUAAGCAGAGUCUGUAACCUGAAGCGUCUGUAACCUGGAGCGUCUGUAACCCGAGGUACCACUGUACUUGUGUGCUCAGUCCUGCUUGUGUGUUUCCCUUUGAGGCAUCUGGUCAGGCACUGUGGGAACAGAAUGCUGCCCUAGAUAGGCCCCUAUGGGCCUGAUCCAGCAAACUCUUCUUAUGUGCUUAUGAUCUUACUGUACCAGGUGACUCUACCUGGUGGUAUAGAAGUGCCAGCGGUGGGCUGUUGAUUGGCGGUCAUGGAGGCAGCAAGGUCAAAGCUCUCAAGCUCCUCUUGCAGAAACAAUAUGCAGCCAAUUUUGGGACUCUUUCCUGAAAUAGCUGGUGUUUAAAACUGAGCACCCCAAUUCCCCAAUGUAGAGCUUCCCACUCAACACCCUGUCCAAUGACUGUUGUCCACACAAAAUCAUUUCACAAAUCUUUCCAAUAUUUUAUUGAAUUCAUAUCCCACCUUUUUCUGCAAGGAGAUCAAGGUGACAUACAUGGUUUCCCCCAAAGGUCGUCCAGUGAACUUCAUGGCUGAGUGAGGAUUCAAAUCCUGCUUUCCCAGGUCCUAGUCCAGGCAUAGGCAAACUCGGCCCUCCAGAUGUUUUCGGACUACAGCUCCCCUCAUCCCUAGCUAACAGGACCAGUGGUCAGGGAUGAUGGGAACUGUAGUCUCAAAACUUCUGGAGGGCCAGGUUUGCCUAUGCCUGUCCUAGUCCAACACUCUAACCAGUACACCACACUGUAUCUCAGUGUACACCGCCCCCUCCCCCGCUCUGUCCAGUGUUGGAGCAGAACUCUGCUUCUUUGCAACGGGUUUGUCUGUUUACACAACGUGUUUACUGCAUGCACACCACAAAGUGGUGUGCACAAAAAUAUUAAAACAACAAGCACCAAUUAAAAUGAUGCAAUAAAGCCACAGGGUGUGUGGGAGGGGAACAGCUGGAACGUGAGAGCUCUCCUUCCUUCAGGACCGAGAUACUGAUGGAGUGGUGAAUUUUGCCAGGAACGGUUGUUUGAGUACAGAAAAAAUGUUAAUACUUCUGCUCUUCCUGCCCUGCCCCCCCCACCAAACAGAAAUGCUGCCCCCUCCCCUCUAGAGGUGGGAAAGGACUUAUUUUUUUUCUGUCUGGAAAUGCUCUGAGACUCAAGUCACUGAACUUAGGAGUGACCACUGUCAUAGGCCAAUGGCACUGCAGGCGCCAGUGGUGGUUUAAGAGAGAAUUGGACAAAUUCAUGGAGGAGAGACCUAUCAAGGGGUGCUGGCCAUGAUAGCUAUGCAGUCACGCUUCUGACUCUCAGGGCUUACCUUUCCUCCCCUCUUUCCAGUGUUAAAACCAAGGGGGGGGGGAAAUUGCAACACCUUCUAUUUUCCCUUAUCAAACAAGCACAGCCUGCGAUUUAAAGCUCCGUGUCUGAGUGCCCACCCUCUUUUUGCUCUAGAGCUUUCCCCGCGAACACCCACCCUUUAAAUCUCAUUCAGAGCAAGCGUCAAUCCGCUGAAAAGCCAAAUUGAUGUUUUCUCCGAUUCAGCUUUAAAGAAUGGGUAUUUGCAGGGAAAGUUUGGGGCAAAAACAAACCAACCCUGCUCUGAAACAGACCUCUGCCUGGAAAUAGGGGUGGGGGUGGGGAUUUAAGUAAGAAUAAUCCUCCAGUUGUUCAGAAUUGCAAGUGGGGAGCGAGUUGCUGUUAUGUUCAGCUCCUUCUUGCAACAUUCCCUUUAGGGCAUCUGGUUGAGCAAUGUAAGAACAGGAUGUUGGACUAGCUGGGCCACUGACCUGGUCCAUCAGGAUCUUAUAUUCUUGUGGAACCUCCAGGUCCACAGGCAGUCUGUCCAGAAUCUUAAGUUCUUAGGAGCCUUUGGCCACUGUGAAAAUGGGAUACUGGGCUAGAUGAAACUCCUUUUCGCCUGAUCCAGACCCUUCAUACAUUAUUUCAACUGCUCCAACUUUGUCUCAUUUCCUGAGAGCCAGUGUGGUGUAGUGGUUUAGAGUGGUAGACUCGUAAUCUGGUGAACCGGGUUCGAUUCCCCGCUCCUCCACAUGCAGCUGCUGGGUGACCUUGGGCUAGUCACACUUCUCUACGGCCAUACUACCCUGAACACGCCUGAUCUCGGAAGCUAAGCAGGGUCAGGCCUGGUUAGUACUUGGAUGGGAGCACACUUCUCUGAAGUCUCUCAGCCCCACUCACCUCACAGAGUGUUUGUUGUGGGGGAGGAAGGGAAAGGAGAAUGUUAGCUGCUUUGAGACUCCUUCGGGUAGUGAUAAAGCGGGAUAUCAACGCCAAACUCUUCUCUGAGGAAGGAUAGGCCAGGAUGUGACCGGUGCCACACGAACAACCAUUCAACUUUCCUUAUUGCCUACCUCUCAGAGCGCUCCGCCUUUGGCCUCCUUCUGGCCCCAGCUGUUUGACCCUCCUGCCUAUGCCAAGGCAGCUCCACCCUGGUCCCCCUGAGCCUCUGUGUGCUGUAGAGCCAGGUCAUGAGGAACUGGGGCCUUGAUCAGAAGGCCUCUCUGAGGCAGCUGCACCUCCCUUUCAGGUGGGGGUCACCAUGCAAGGCUUCAAGGCCAGUGUCCAGGGUCUCCCAUAAGCCUCUGGGAUGGAGAGGCUGUGUGCUGGCUACUGCCAGGGACCAGGCGCUGGCCUUCAGAGGGCCUUGCAACGGAGCAGGCAGGCUUCAGCUGGAACAUGAUGCUGGAAAUUAUCUGGAGGAGCAACCCUUCAAACUGCCCCAUCUGUGUGUUGCCUUGGGAAGCACUGAAUGGGCAGAGGGCCCACCUGCCUGUAGGUGUCGCUGCUGCCUCACUUCCUAGGGGCUCUGCCUGGUGCCUUUUCUGUGUAUGGUGGUGGCAUCAGUGGGGUGGGGCGGGCAAAGGCUCUAUGGGCCCAGAUUACAAGCCAGUGCCAGGCUGUGUGUGCUUGGAGGCAGGGGGCCUUGGAGAGGCAGUCCUUUUGAUCCCCCUCCCCACUGUCUUUCAGCCAAGAAGCUGUUGGGAAGCCUUCCCAGCCUUCCCUCCUUAGUCAAGUGGGUGGCGGGGGGGGGGGGAGGCUUUGCCUGAACCGAGCAGGGGGAAAGCUGAGUUUUCCCAUUCAAUGGGACGUUCCUGCCAGACCAAGCCAAACAAAGUACAAAAGAAGUGAAGUUCCCUCCUGGGGGAGCAGGGUGGAGAGCUGCAGCCCUGAAAUGCUGAGCUUAUUUAUGCUGGAUUAAGUGGAUCGGUUCAGGGUGGGGGUGUGGAGGAGAAGGAAGAUGGGGAGAGACAGAGAGACUCACUCUUGCGAAGAGAGGAGGUGAUUGUGUCUGCUGGCCUGCUGGGCUCCAUGGAUGUGGGACAGAGCCUUCUCUGCCUCCCUCCCAACAUAAGAGCAGCAGCCUGCUGGGUCAGGCAAAUGGACCAUCUCAUCCCUCAUCCUGUUCUCACACUGGGGAGCUUGCAAGCUGGACAUGAGCACAUGAGCACUCUGCCCACUUGCAGUUCCUGGCAGCUGCUUUUCUGAGGCACAGUGGCAUCUUGGCUAGCAACCACUGAUAGCUGUAUCCUCAUCCCAUGGUGGUCCAAUCCUUUUUUAAAGCUUUGGAGUACAAUUUCCAUCAGCACCAGCCAGUGCAGUCUUAAAAGUUCAGCAUUGCUAUGCUGUCUGGGGCUGAUGGGAAUUGUAGUCCGGAGCAUAUGGGGGUGGGAAAAUGCCAUGCACCCAGCAGGGAUGGGCAAUGCUCUAAUAAACCCCCUAAGGCAGGCCAUCCUUUCCCUGAGCUGGGAUCUACAAAGCCUUAAAACUUUACUGACGCACUUCAAAGAGCAACUGGGCCAGGAACAAAGUCUUGGGAGAAGAUGCCCUUUGAAGGCUCAAGUUUUGAUCUCUGCUGGAUCCUGUUCCUCGGGUUUCUUAGCAGUUUCUUCUCACCCACUGCUAAAGGGUUGUCCUGCCAUGGCUCCCACCCAGGCCUGCUUCUCCCUCUGGAUUGGGGGGUGGUGGUGGUGGAGAGAGCAUGCCCCAAAUCCCAGAGUGCCCCUGUCAGCCCCUGUUGACAGUGCUGAGCUAUAUGGACCAAUGGUCUGUUGCUGGAUGAACCAGCUUCCUGGCUUCCCAAACUUUGCUGUUGCUUGUUUGCCUGUGUCAAAUUACUUUAGGCAACUGGUCAUUUCAAAUUUCCAUUGUAUCUUCUUGUGCUGCCAUUGACAGCCCUCCUCCUUCCCCCUUCCUCCUUUUCCUUUAGCCUUGUUCUUGGCUUUGACUCAAAGGGUUGACACCACCUUGGCCACCAGCUUCCUAGGUUGCCUGGAACUCUUGGCCUUACCUUGGACAACCUGUUCCACCUCAUUCUGUGUAGUGCUGGUCUCUGUGGCUCAUAAUGCCCUCAGAGCAGAUGGCCAAAGCUGAGCAACCACAGCUUUGGCCAAGUAUGGAUGUCAGGAUUGAGCAGCCCAAGAUGCAGCCUUUGUUGACUCUUGUUGGAGGUUCCCAGGAAGCUAAAUCAAGGGAAGUAUAGUACUGUUCUGUUCUGUUCUGUUCUGCCUUGGUCCGACUCCACUUGGAGUCUUGUGACCAGUUCUGGUCAACACAGUUUAAGGAGGAGAUUGACAAGCUGAAGGUGUGGAAAACAGGAUGGCCAAACUGAUCAAGAAUUAUGAGAAAUGGUGGAGAGAGUUGGGUACAUUUAACCUGGAGAAGAGACGACUGAGAGGUGACACAAUAGCCAUCUUCAAAUAUCUAAAGGGUUGACCCAUGGAAAAUGGAACUAGCUUGUUUUCUGCUGAUUCAAAGGGGAGGACCCAAACCAAUGGAUUCCAGUGACAAUAAAGGAGAUUCUGGCUCAACAUCAGGAAGUUGAACGGAUUACCUGAGAAGAUGGUGGGCUUUCCUUCACUGGAGGUUUUUAAACAGAAGGUUGAUGGCUAUCCGUCAAGAAUUCUUCAGCUGUGAUUCCUGCACUGCGGGGCAUUGGGCUAGGUGACUUUUGGGGUCCCUUCCAGCUCUACAAGCCUAUGAAAUCAGAACACACCAACUUACUCACCGCUCCGAAAUUCCCUCCUCUCCUGAGUCUGCGUGACUUUAAUCCUGUAAAGCAGAUGAAGGCAUCAAAUCUUGUCAUGCUUUCUCUCUCAGCGCAUCAUGCAGUUUUAAUGAAAACAACAUGUCUCAGGCAUGGAACUGGGUGAACUUAGGUGAACCCUGAGAGGGUGCUGAAUUCAAAGGAAUGCGUGAACUGUGGCUCUCGUGUCACCUUGUGCUAACCUCUGCGCAGCACCCACAUGUCUGACACGUGAUGGAGCCCAACCCCUUUGCAUUUGGAAGAGGGGAUGCUGUGCUUCAAGGCUGCUGGGAUAACCCCUUCAAGGGCUUUCCAGACUUUCAGCAUCUAAUUUCUGCAGACAGCAGCCUGAGACCGAGGUCAUUUCACAGAUGGCGGCUUAAAAGAAGAAGCAGCAAUUCCCUCUCCACUUUCUCACAGGACCCUCCUGAGACUGCAUGACUGGAGGGCCAGUGAAAUGCAGAAGACCCCCAGGCUGGGGACAGUGGAAGCCAGCCUCUGCCAACAUGGUGCCCUAGCAGCCAUCGAUAGCCUUGUUCUCCAUUCAUAUGUCUAAUCUUCCUUUAAAGCCAUCCAAGUUGGUGACGGUCACAGCCUCCUGUGCAAGUGAGUUCCAUAGCUGAACUAUGUGAAGACAUGUGUCUGUCCAAUAUUCAGGGCUCAUUCACACCCUGCACUUUUUAGGCACAAGUCGGCACUUUCCUGGUCUGUGCUGCUUCCCUCCCCUUCCCCACCAAAAACCUGAACUGGAGCAAACAGCAAUUCAGGUCAGGCACCCCCAAACUCAGCCCUCCAGAUGUUUUGGGACUACAACUCCCAUCAUCCCUAGCUAACAGGACCAGUGGUCAGGAAUGAUGGGAACUGUAGUCCCAGAACAUCUGGAGGGCUGAGUUUGGGAGAUGCCUGAUUCAGGUUUUCUGCAGACUGAUGUUUGCUCCAAUUCAGUGGUAAAUAAUAGGUUUAUACACCUUGAACAGUAUCCUUUUUGAGGCGCUAUAGAGCGAGAUGAGUGUGCAACCCCAGAGUUGUCCGUGACUGGACCUAACGGUCAGGGGUACCUUUACUUUUUAAGCAGAACUGUUCACAAUAUUCCAAGUACAGCCACACCAUAGAAUUAUAUAAUGCCAUUCUGAUAUUGGCAGUUUUAUUUUCAGUUUCAUUUCCUAAUGAUCCCUAGCAUGGAAUUCACUUUUUUUGAAGGCUGCCACACACUGGGUCAAUGUCUUCAUUGAAUCCACCUUUGCCCCAAAAUCUUGUUCCUGGUCAGUCCUGCCAAUUCGAACCCUGUUAGAAUAUAUGUUAAGUUAGGAAUUUUUGCCCAAAUUUAGAGCUUUGAAGACUGGAUGGGGGCGGACUGGAAAAAGGGGAGAAAACAGGUAUUCCCCCAUUUCUUCAAAGCCCUUUUUGUCCCAUUCUGUCCUUCCUGUGCCCCCCUCCCGGACAUUUUGAAAAGUUUUUGGAUUAAGAAACAUUUUCGUUUAGAAUGAUGAACAAAAUGUUUAAGACCAAGUUUUCAUGUAUUUAUGCCCUCCAAAUGAUUUCUAAAACUGUGUAACAGUAACACAUUUGUGUAAGACCAUGUACUGUAUUAGGGACGUGGGUGGCGCUGUGGGUUAAACCACAGAGCCUAGGGCUUGCCGAUCAGAAGGUCGGCGGUUCGAAUCCCUGUGAUGGGGUGAGCUCCCAUUGCUCGCUCCCUGCUCCUGCCAACCUAGCAGUUUGAAAGCACAUCAAGUGCAAGUAGAUAAAUAGGUACCGCUCCGGUGGGAAGGUAAACGGCGUUUCCAUGCGCUGCUCUGGUUCGCCAGAAGCGGCUUAGUCAUGCUGGCCACAUGACCCAGAAGCUGUACGCUGGCUCCCUCGGCCAAUAAAGCGAGAUGAGCGCCGCAACCUCAGAGUCGGUCAUGACUGGACCCAAUGGUCAGGGGUCCCUUUACCUUUAGCUAUGUACUGGAUCACUACAAUUCCUGUACCCCAAGGACAAGCAAACCCUGAGAGUACAGCUCAAAUGCAAGCGUGAGAUACAUUUCUGCCCUUUGGGGGGCCUUGCCAUUGUGACAAGGGAAGGAAGACGGAUUCAAUGCUUUCUUUGUUUGUAGUCUUCCUUUUCUUGGCAUAGUUGGUGGAUCUCUUUCUGCCUUCUAGAUGAAACCUCAAAGGACUGGGCUUGGGAGAAAGAACAAAGCAACAUAAUUUUAUUGCCAUCCGAUUCAUGCUCCUGAAAAUCUGUCGGAUCCAAGAUUCAAAGCCAGGAAUGUAAGUGAUGACAGCACAGUUUCUUCAUUUGACUGGACUACAAAACAGGCAACACAUUGCAGUCUGGAUGUUGGGCAUGUACUUUUUAAGUGUUGCAGAGUACAGAUCAUCUUCAUGUAUUUGGUUAAGGGAUGCAGUCUGGGAUUCUGCCAAGCAUGUCCCUCCUGCAAGACUGUGGCAAGGCCUUUGCGCAACACAACCCCUGACUCCUCUUGCUUCUUAGCUACUUCUGAUUCCUCCGUCUUCUGCAGCACAUGAAAGAAUCUCCAUUGUCCUCCUCUUGUCUUGCAGUAAGGUUUGAUGGAUGUUUUAUGAGGCUCUCGGAGUCUGCUGGGAUGUUUCUUUGGUGCCUGAAAAUAAAAAGGCAACCGGAUUCUUUAGAAAGGGCUGACUUUGUAGGACAGCUGUGCAGGAGAUGGGUUCUUCAAAUCCCAAGAAUGACUAAAGCCCCGGCAUUUCAAUGGGAUAUUCUUGGCUUUGGAGAAGAAACAGCAGACCUCUCUCUCUCCGCCUUUCUCUUUAAAAGUGGUGUUUGGAAGCUGUCUUUCAAUGAACAACACUGAGCUUGCUGUACCCUUAUUGCUCCUCUUGGCUCCACCCAGCUUGAACAGUGAGGAGAGUUGUGAUACAUGAAAAAUGAAAAGUGAACUGUGUAUAUGAUAAAGGGGAACCAUACCGCGGUAAAGGCGUCUUCUUCUGUUUGUCCCUGUGCCAGUUUCAGUUUACAGUGGUACCUCGGGUUACAUAUGCUUCAGGUUACAUACGCUUCACGUUACAUACUCCGCUAACCCAGAAAUAGUGCUUCAGGUUAAGAACUUUGCUUCAGGAUGAGAACAGAAAUCGUGCUCCGGCGGUGCAGCAGCUGCAGGAGGCUCCAUUAGCUAAAGUGGUGCUUCAGGUUAAGAACAGUUUCAGGUUAAGUUACGUACCUCCAGAACGAAUUAAGUACUUAACCUGAGGUACCACUGUAUUGGUUAAUUUUUGUAGCAGGGCUGUUUCCCAUACUAUUUGGUACCAUUGGUCCAUGCUUACUUCUGACAGGUCUCUCCAAUGUCUGGUUAUGGUGUUUCACCCACCCACCCCACUCACUCACACACGGAAACAAAGAUCACCACAGCCAGUCACAAACAACCACACCCUAGGCCAACUCCAACCUCUCUUACCACCAAAGAAACACAAAUGAACAGCAGAGAACCUGCACGGGCAACACUGACACCAAACCCUACAUACAUUAAGCAAAAUAGAUACAUCGCCACCCAACCCCACCCCUCUUCCCCUCUCCCCCCCUAAUGUCUCAACAAAUGAAACUGAUUUGUAAAAAUGUUACAUGGAAAAAAUACGAGAGACAUUACAAAUACUUCUGUAAAACAAGAAAAUCUUUAAUAAAAAACAACAACAACAAAAAUAUGAAAAGUGAGGCUUGGCAGUGCUGGGCAGUCUGCCUCCUCACUGUGCCCCUAGAACUGACGUUCCGGUAACACUUUCAUUUGACAUUCAGUUGUGCCCUUCCUGCCAAAGACAUGCUGGCAGCUGGGGGUUUUAAAGUGACAAAAAGAAAGAAAGAAAGAGAAGAAAGCGCUUUACCUGCAAAAGAGCUGCCCAGGUGCUUCUGAUGCUGCUGAGACAGGUGUUGCCAUCUGCCAGGGCAGGCGAUGUGGGAUAAAUGAGCCUCAUACAACCAACAUGCUUAACCCUAAUUAAUGCACGAAGGGGUUAAGACCAUAGAGUAAGCUGUUCUGCCAGACUUAGAUAGGCCACACCCCCUCACCUUGAGAAGAAGGUUAGCAAAUGCUUUGUUUUCUCACUUCCACCAUGUGAACCCUACCUGUAAAGGUAAAGGUAAACCGACUCUGGGGUUGCAGCACUCAUCUUGCUUUAUUGGCCGAGGGAGCCGCUGUAUAGCUUCUGGGUCAUGUGGCCAGCAUGACUAAGCCAUGGUCUGGCGAACCAGAGCAGCACACGGAAAUGCUGUUUACCUUCCCGCCGGAGCGGUACCUAUUUAUCUACUUGCACUUUGACGUGCUUUCGAACUGCUAGGUUGGCAGGAGCAGGGACCGAACAACGGGAGCUCACCCCGUCACGGGGAUUCGAACUGCCGACCUUCUGAUCAGCAAGUCCUGGGCUCUGUGGUUUAACCCACAGCGCCACCUGCGUCCCAACCCUACCUGUAAGGAGGCCUAAGUUAGAUACUUGGACUGCAUGGCUUAAGCAAGCCACUUUUAUGUUUCUAUACAAAUAAUUUAGACAUAAUUUAGUGCCCUAGUUUAAUGUGAAGAAAAACUUGCUUUUAGCUGUCCUAAAUAUUCUCUCUCUGUGUGUGCCUUUCCUGUCGUGUGUGGGCAAGGAGGUUCUUGAGUAACCCCCAGUUUUUCUUCCACAUUUUGUGGUGCCCAGGGCGUUUUUUCAGAUCUCCAGAUCAUAGCUGUCAAGUGUUCCUUAUUUGAAGGGACAGUCCCUUAUUCCAGCGCCAUGUCCUGCUGCUGUCCCUUAUUGAUGGAUGUCCCUUAAAUGUCCCUUAAAUGAUGUCCCUUAAAUUUCAAAGGAAGCAGCUCCUCUCCCUCCCUCCCUGCUGGUCAGGGAGGAGGGAGGCUCCAACUGUGUUGCUUGGCUGUGUUGCUCACCCAAUAAGAAGUCUAAGAACGACUGGGGGGUGGAGCUUGCAUGCCUUGUGUGUGGCUAGUUAAUGCAAGCUGAGGAGGUUUUUGAAUGCUGGACGCCAUUUUGUUGCACGUGCUGCUGCAAACUUUGCAGUGCAAAGCCAGGCCGGGAGCCAUCUUAAGUUGAGGCUGCAUAGGCCUUGUGGUGCAUGUGAUUCAGAUUCUAUUCAGUUGAACCUCUGGUUACAAAGUUGGUUGGACAGUGUUCUCGAAGCUACCAGCAUGAGUUUGACCAGACUGUAGGAGGACAGAAAGACUGGACUGCCUGGAACAGGUGAGGCUGCAGGUCCCUUAUUUUGGCUGCUGGUCCCUUAUUUUCAAGGCUGCUGGUCCCUUAUUUUCAAAUCUGUAAGUUGACAGCUAUGCUCCAGAUGUGCACCUGGUCCCUCAAAGGUUGUCGACUCCUGGCUGGAAGGAGCACACCUGGUUUCUCUCAGCAGAUAAUGAGACACAAGAAGCUUGCAUUUUCUUGUGGCUCUUGGUCCAUGUGUGGUCCAUGCAUUUGAUUGCUAGAUGCCUUCCCUGCCUUUUGCCCAAACAAAUGCUUUAAGGCAGUUUCCAGCAAAUAUAUGAAGUAUUCAGGAAAGCACCCUUGGCAGGUUCUGGGUGGUGUGCUCUCCACUUCUCCUGGGGCUAGUCUGGGAAAGGAUGGUGGGUGGCCUCCUUGUGCUAACACUCACUAGCUGUGAGGCCCUGAAGGUCUGGUGAUCCUGCUGAGUUGAAGGAGAGGCAGCCUUUCAGGUGGGGCAGGAAGAGCUUGGGGCUACUAUUUUAAUACUUACAUCCUCUCAUUGCCAUUCCUGGUAACACAGAAACAUUAAAACAUCAGAACCAAAGAACAUUUUGGGUCUGUUCUUGGGGGACAGGGGGCGGGCUGGUGUGGAAGACUUCCUGGUUCUGAAUAGGGUAACUGUGCCCCUGAAGGACCAGGUGUGCAGCCUGGGAGUCAUUUUGGACUCUCAGCUGUCCAUGGAGGCAAAGGUCAAUUCUGUAUCCAGGGCAGCUGUCUACCAGCUCCAUCUGGUACACAGGCUGAGACCCUAUCUGCCCACAGACUGUGUUGCCACAGUGGUGUAUGCUCUAGUUAUCUCCUGCUUAGACUACUGCAAUGUGCUCUAUGUGGGGCUGCCUUUGAAGGUGACCCGGAAACUACAACUAAUCCAGAAUGCGGCAGCUAGACUGGUGACUGGGGGCAGCUGCCGAGACCACAUAACACCCGUCUUGAAAGACCUACAUUGGCUCCUAAUAUGUUUCCGAGCACAAUUCAAAGUGUUGGUGUUGACCUUUAAAGCCCUAAACGGCCUCAGCCCAGUAUACCUGAAGGAGCGUCUCCACCCCCAUUGUUCAGCCUGUACACUGAGGUCCAGAACCGAGGGCCUUCUGGCGGUUCCCUCACUGCGAGAAGCAAAGCUACAGGGAACCAGACAGAGGGCCUUCUUGGUAGUGGCGCCCCCCCGUGGAACUCCCUCUCACCAGAUGUCAAAGAGAUAAACAACUACCUGAUAUUUAGAAGACAUCUGAAGGCAGCCCUGUUCAGGGAAGUUUUUAAUGUGUGACAUUUUAAUGUAUUUUUAAGCUUUGUUGGAAGCCUCCCAGAGUGGCUGGGGAAACCCAGCCAUAUGGGCGUGGUACAAAUAAGAAAAUUAUUAUUAUUAUUAUUAUUAUUAUUAUUAUUAUUAUUAUUAUUAUGAGACCAGGGGCCCAGCUAGAUACCCACAAGCAGUUCUUAAUGUUAUGAGAGAGGGAGAAUAACUUUUCUCGGUCUACUUUAUCCAUGUUAGGCAUGAUUUUCUAAACUUCUUUCAUGUCACCCCUUACCCACAGUGUUCAAAAUUAGCCAGGCACCAGGUUCAUUUUGCACCUGGCUUUCAAUCACUUGCAACCAAGUGAAGAUGCCUGGGGGCCAGGAUGACACCUGGAAUCUCCACCAUCUGGGGACCGUUGGAUCGGCCCAGUUUUCACAGCCUAAUCCUGCAGAAUUCUAUCAAUUAUAUUUUAUCUGCCCAGUUGGAAUGAAUUUCUGCAGCCCAAAUGCUUUUUCUGUGCAGCGUGAUUCAUGAUUAAGAGAAAGAGGUCAGAACAGGCCUGUUGGACUGUCCUUGGCUCAAGUGGCUUUUCUUCUUUAAGUUCUCAAUGCUCUUAACCUAGCUCAAGAUUGUGCUCUGAACUAGCGAGAUGUUUAACUGAGAAUCAAUCACGGUCAGUCCAUCAUUUGGGGGGAAAAAGACUCUAGAGCCGUCUUGCCUCCUAGACAUUCCGUUUUGGUGACUGCAAAUUUGGUUUAAGGAGCCGUUUGGUGCCUUGCUUACCGUAUUUUUCGCCCCAUAGGACGCGCCCAGAUUUCCCCUUCAUUUUUGGAGGGGGAAAAGUGCGUCCUAUAGGGCGAAAAAUACGGUAUAUAUCUGAGUUUGUAACACUGCUUACCCAGGCUUUGGGCACGUGGUGCCCUGUAUCUCUGCCCUCUGCCUCUCUGAGCCGCUUCUCUAUGUUCUCCUCCUUGCCUGCAGACAAGAUGUUGCACACCUGGGCUGCUUCUUCCUCACUGACCACCCAGGACUUCCACACCUGGCGGAUCCCUGUGGAUUGUGUCCGCGCCAACGAGCUGUGUGCGGCUGAGCCCAGCUGCAGCUCCCGUUACCGCACGCUGCGCCAGUGUGUGGCCGGGCGUGACCGCAACACCAUGCUGGCCAACAAGGAGUGCCAGGCAGCGCUGGAGGUGCUACAGGAAAGUCCCCUCUACGACUGCCACUGCAAGCGCGGGAUGAAGAAGGAGCUCCUGUGCCUUCAGAUCUACUGGAGUAUCCACCUUGGCUUGACAGGGGGUAAGUACCUUCCUGGCUAGCAGGGGUGUGCAUGUGUGAAACUGAGUUGAUCUUUGAGAACUGGGAUGGAUUGCUGCAAUGCGCUCUACGUGAGGCCGCCCUUGUGCUUCAUCUAGAGCAGGCCUCCCCAAACUUGGCCUUCCAGAUGUUUAUGUUUUGGGACUACAACUCCCAUCAUCCCUAGCUAACAGGACCAGGGUGUCAGGGAUGAUGGGAUUUGUAGUCCCAAAACAUCUGGAGGGCCGAGUUUGGGGGUGCCUGAUCUAGAUGCUGCAGCAAGACUGCUGGCGGGAGUGAAGCCCUUCACCAGAUGGAAUACAGUAGUACCUCUAGAUGCGAACAGGAUCCGUUCCGGAGCCCCGUUCGCAUCUAGAAGCAAACGUAACCCGUGUCCUCGUGUCUGCGCGUGCGCGGGUCACGUUUUGGCGCUUCUGCGCAUGAUGUCAUUUUGAGCGUCUGCGCAUGCGCAAGCGGCGAAACCCAGAAGUAACACGCUCCGUUACUUCCGGGUUGCCGCAGAGCGCAACUCGAACGCGCUCAUCCCGAAGCACAUUCAACCCAAGGUAUGACUGUACACAGGACAUGAAAAAAUAAUUACCUUUCGCUUUAAGAGAUCAUUUUUUAAAAAACAAAACAGAAAGAAAUCAGUGCCUAAAAUGGCUAGUAAGCCUCUCCUUGUAAGCAGGUGAAGGAAUAAUUCAGGGAGUACAGUUUCAAACAGUUACGGACAGCUUAGCCACAGUAGCUCAUGCACCAGUUAUUUCAUGGAUGAGACUGCAUUGCACUCUAUGUGGGGCUUCCGUUGUGCUUGAUCUGGAAGCUGCAGUUAGUGCAGAAUGCCGCAGCACGAUUGCUGACGGGAGUGACGCCUUGUCAGCACAGAACACCUUUGCUCAGAGAUCUGUACUGGUUGCCAGCUUGCUACUGGGCCAAGUUCAAGGUGUUGCUAUUAGUAUAUAAAGCCCUUAACAACUUGGGACCGGUUCACUUGCGAGAUCGCCUCACCCAUAUCCACCAACACGACCGCUUCAAUUGGCAGCACUGGCAUUGUGAAAAGUACAGUGAAGACGCCAGCCUGAUUUCAAGAGGCGGGGAGUUCCAAAGAACCAAACGAUUUGAGUUCUUAUAAAUGCAUAACGGGUAUUACAUGGCACCUGUACCAGUGCCAGUUGUGCAAGUCUGCAUCUCGUUCUUCAAUGGGAGAAUCCCAGGGAAGCCUAGACCAAGCUUCCUUUGAAGAGAGGCUGGAUAAGGUUUACUGCUGUAUGGACUUGGUUAAGAUUGUAGGCUUUUCAAGCACAUCUUCCAAGCCAUGUGACCUUGCUGGCUGCUCUUGAAGCUGCUGCUUUAGCAGACCAGGUGUGCUCCCUUUCCCAUGCCUUCUUUACCUGGCUACACCUCUUCCCCUUCCCCACCCAGUGGAGAACAAACCCUGCAAAGAAACCAAAUUGAAAGGGGCUUACUUCUAUGUUGCUGCAGGCAGCGAGGGGUAUGAAAAAGGAAGGGGCAAAAUAUGGUUUGCUGUCCCUCUAAUGGGCUGCCCAAGGCCCCUGUCCCCCUUGGCACUCCCUGCAAUCCAGACUUGCAGUGCCAUGGCAAAUUCUGAAGUGCAGGAGCUCAUCAGGAGAGCCCCACAUAUCCCUGCACCCCACAGCGUGUCCAGGAAUGCAGGUAAUGGUGUUGAUCCAUUACGAUGCACACAUAUCAGCAAUCUAACUGGGUGUAAGAUCCAUGGAACUCUGUGCAGUUACAGGGAACCAGACAGAAGGCCUCCUCUGUAGUGGCGCCCGCCCUGUGGAACGCCCUCCCUUCAGAUGUGAAGGAAAUAAGCAGCUAUUUCCUCUUUAAAAGACAUCUGAAGGCAGCCCUGAUUAGGGAUGUUUUUAAUAUUUAAUGCUGUAUUGUUUUUAACACUCGAUUGGAAACCGCCCAGAGUGGCUGGGGAAACUCAGCCAAAUGGGCGGGGUAUAAAUAAUAAAUUAUUAUUAUUAUUAUUAUUAUUAUUAUUAUUAUUAUUAUAUAUUAUUCCUGAUUGCAGAGGUUCAAUGUGCAAAACACAUCGAGAUUUCGCAAAAGAUCUCCAGCCAGCUGAAAUGCAGCCUUUGGCCUUUCACUGGAAAUGCGAAGAAUCUUGCAAAGAUUUCUGCACCAGAGUGGGUUGGACCAGAUGAUCCAGGGAGAGGGGGUACCUUUCGGCUCUUACAAUUCUGUGAUUCUAGGUGUUACCAUUUAAACUUUUAGCAUGAAGUAGGGACCCUGCCAAUGAAAAAGAAGGCAGUACCCAGCCUCUGUGUGACAUUUACCUCAUUAUCUCAGUUUUUCUAUGUUAAUCUGUCACAAACAAACUAGCCUAGGAAGGUGCAGCAGCUAUAAGUAAACUGGCAGGAGGAGGGAGGAAAUCAUUGGUGAAAAGGGGGGGUGCUCUGUUGAUGGAUGCACCCCAUUUUACACAUAUAAGAUCUGUGGCACAGUUUCCUGUUUCCAGCAAAUGCAAGUCCCUGGGCAUAUUUCUCUGCACUACAGGCAAAGGAUAGUUUGCAAAUAGCAAGACCUGCCAACCUGUUCAAAGUGUUGCCCCUGACCAAAGUUCCUCUUUCCUCCUGGAAGGAGCCCAGCUGAGCUCCCCACCCACCCACAAGGCUGCUCCCGUUCCACCUUGGUGCUUCCCCCCAGAGGCUAUUUCUGCCUCCUCCAGCUCAGGGGAAGUCCACUGCUCUUUUGAUGCAAGGCAAUUUUCCUAGCGAGGGGCAAAGUUUUUCAGAUACCUAAUUACUUAUGGCCCUGGCGAGGCGAUAUAGAAAAAGAAGCAGCUGAAGCACCUGAAUUGUGAAUGUGUGAUUUGUCAUUGCAAGUCCAGCGAGGGGCAAAUGCAAAGCUGUGUCCUGUCAGAGCUGCCCAUGGAGAGACAAAGCUUUGAUUCCACGCCAGCAAUUCUCCAGCUUCAUGAGAGUCAACCGGAGGCAGAAGCAAGGCUAGCCACUUAAUCGAUUUCAUAGAAUUGCUGAGUUGGAAGGGACCCUAAGGGUCAUCCAGCCCAACCCCCCUGAGGUCCAGGAAUCUCAUUUAAAGUAUCCCUGGCAAAUGGUUAUCCAACCUCAGCUUAAAAACCUCCGAGGAAGGAGAGUCUGCCUCCUCUUGUGGGAGUCUGUUCCACUGCUGAACGGCUCUUACCUCUGAAUCAGACCAAACAGCAACUGAGUUUUCCAUGGAUUGCUGUUUGUUCCAAUUCAACGGUAAAGAGCAUUUUUCCAGGGGAGCUGUGGGGAAAUGCAAAACCGUUUGGACCUGUGCCUAGAAAGCAUGGGAGAAGUAGAAAAGCACUCAGACCCGAGCUUUUAAAGCACCGGACAAGCAGGGGUGUGGACAAGCCCUAACUGGCAGCAGCGCUCCAGGAUUUCGGGGAGGAGGUGUCUCCCAACCCUUCCUGGACAUUCCAGGGAUUGAACCUGGGACCUUCUACAUGCAAGGCAGCUGCUCUGCCACUGAGCUAUGGCUGACAGACACCAGGACUUUCCUUACUUGCUCCCCCUUUGCACACUUAGAUGUAAGUCAGAGCCUCUUUAAAGGUAAAGGGACCCCUGACCAUUAGGUCGAGUCACGGACGAUUCUGGGGUUGCGGCGCUCAUCUUGCGCUUCUGGCGAACCAGAGCAACUCACAGAAAUGACAUUUACCUUCCCACCAGAGUGGUACCUAUUUAUCUACUUGCACUUUGACAUGCUUUUGAACUGCUAGGUUGGCAGGAGCUGGGACCGAGCAACAGGAGCUCACCCCGUUGCGGGGAUUCGAACCGCCGACCUUCUGAUCGGCAAGUCCUAGGCUCUGUGGUUUAGACCACAGUGCUACCCAUGUCCCCGGAGCCUCUUUGGGCACAUUCAAAUGACCGCUUCCUCCGCAUCCAGUGCACUCCCACUGCUAAAUUUAGAAGCCGCGUUCACACGAUGUUAGCCACGAUCCGUUUCAGUCCUGCUGUUCCUUAACAAAUGCUGCUGUUUCUGAAGCCAACUUCAAUCCGAUUAGGAAACUGGGUGCAGAGUCAGCGGUCGGGCGAAUGUCUGGCCAUCCUGCAUGCGCAGACAACAGCUUCGUAAAUAGGAAUUGUCAGGGUGGGAAACUGAAAAGGUCCUGAGAUGAUUGAUAGAUAGAUAGAUAGAUAGAUAGAUAUAGAUAUAGAUAGAUAAUUUAUUACGGUCAGAGACCAGCUUAUAAAACACACUUGGGGUACAAUCCCAGAAGGAAAACAAACAUUUAAAAUAAUGUACAACAAUAAAAUUAAAAUUUAUAAAUGCAAUACAGUGGUGCCUCGCAAGACGAAAUUAAUUCGUUCUGCGAGUUUUUUCGUCUUGCGAAUUUUUCGUCUUGCGAAGCACGGUUUCCCUGGGUAUUAACGGUUUUAAGAAAAAGGAAACAAACUUGCAAGACGUUUUCGUCUUGCGAAGCAAGCCCAUAGGGAAAUUCGUCUUGCGAAGCAACUCAAAAAACGAGAAACUAUUUCGUCUUGCGAGGCAUUCGUCUUGCGAGGUACCACUGUAAGCGUAUAGACACUUAAAACUUUAAGAUAAGCUACUGCAGAGAGUUGAUCCAGAGUCACCCAUGGAACCGAGUAUGGGGAUUUUCUUAAUGAACUAGUUUGGGUUGGGGGAUGGUCUGCGCUUACAGAUCUAUACACAGAAUCUGCCGACCAUCGUUCAGGCAUCCCAACCCUCCACUUCCUGAUGGGAACGAUCCUCUGUAAAUGCAACUUGGAACUCUGUGGGCGGGUGGGAAACGACCUUGCUGCGUCUCAAGUCGGAUUGCAGGGGGUUGGGCUCAAUGACGCCUCUACAGCUCUAGGAUUUUCGUGUGAACCUCCCCUUAAGGCUCUGUCUUUCCCUUCCCGGGCUCCCGUUCCCUAUUGAGAAAGGAGAGAAGCAACCUGUGUGAGAAGCGUGCCCUUGAAAAGCAGCCUCUGUGCACGGGGGCAGCUGAGCUCGCCUGGCAAUGGGGAACAAUCCCCAGUACUGUAAUGAAAUGCAUUUGUAACUGUCCAGCCAGGCGCUCCCGUGGUGGGGGCUGACCCUUCCUGGAGUGCUCCUGGCUUGCUAAUAACCUUGUGUUUGAGCAGCUGAGCUUCUUAAUUACAAGAGAGGAGGGGGGCAGCUGCCACCAUCACCUCCUCCUCCUGCAGGCUGAGAAUAUCUUCUGUGAGUAAGCAGCCCAGGAGGAACCUGGGAGGGAGGUCUUCUCCUCCUCCACCACCAGAGUCUUUCCAUCCUUUGAGCUUGUUUUGCAACUCCUGAUCGCAAAGGGUGGAACAAGUAAAUCAGGGGUUGGCAACCUAAGGCCCAUGGGCCACAAGCAGCCCACGGGGGUCAUUUAAUUGGCCCCCGAGCCGCCCCCGAACUGAGCCACCCGCUCAGUGAGUCCCCACACACUGCACUAAGCGAGUGUGGCGCAGGGACUCGCUUCUGCGUUGCUGGAAAUUGCAUCUGCAUGUGCAUGCACUCACACACACACACACGCAAUCCAGCCUACAGAGGGAUCUCUGCUGGAGUGAACCGGCCCAGGUGAGGUAAACCUUACCGACCCCUGAAGUAAAUGAUCAAGGGUCUGGAAACGAAGCCUUAGGAGGAGGAACAGUUGACACUACCCGGACACUGAGGUCCAGCGCCCAGGGCCUUCUGGCAGUUCCCUCACUAUGAGAAGCCAAGUUACAGGGUACCAGGCAGAGGGCCUUCUCGGUAGUGGUGCCCUCCCUGUGGAAAGCCCUCCCACCAGAUGUUAAAGAGAUAAACAACUACCAGACUUUUAGAAGACAUCUGAAGGCAGCCCUGUUUAGGGAAGCUUUUAAUGUUUGAUUCAUUGCUGUAUUUUAAUAUUUUGUUGGAAGCCGCCCAGAGUGGCUGGGAAAUGAAUGAAUGAAUGAAUGAAUAAAUAAAUAAAUAAAUAAAUAAAUAAAUAAAAGAAGAGUUAUUUAGCCUGGAGAAGGGAAGGCUGACAGGUGACAUGAUAGCCAUCUCCAGAUACCUGAAGGGCUGUCAUAUGCAGGAUGGAGUAAUCUUGUUUUCUGCGGCUCCAGAGGGGAGGACCUGAACCAAUGGAUCCAAUUUAAGGGAAGGAGAUUCCGACUAAAUCAUAGAAAGAACUUUUUGGUGGCAGGAGCUCUUUGCCUGUGGAACAGACUACUUCAGAAGGUGGCGGGCUCUCCGUUGUAGGGUGCUCGCUUUGGCAGCACAUAUACCAUGGGUUAAACCACAGAGCCUAGGACUUGCCGAUCAGAAGGUCGGCGGUUCAAAUCACCGCGACGGGGUGAGAUCCCGUUGCUCGGUCCCUGCUCCUGCCAACCUAGCAGUUCGAAAGCAUGUCAAAGUGCAAGUAGAUAAAUAGGUACCGCUCCAGUGGGAAGGUAAACGGCGUUUCCGUGCGCUGCUCUGGUUCGCCAGAUGCAGCUUAGUCAUGCUGGCCACAUGACCCGGAAGCUGUCUGCAGACAAACGCCAGCUCCCUCGGCCAGUAAAGUGAGAUGAGCGCCGCAACCCCAGUCGGCCACGAAUGGACCUAAUGGUCAGGGGUCCCUUUACCUUUAUACUAAAAUUGGAACAAUACAGAGAAGACUCUCCUUUGUAGGAGGUUUUUAAACAGACGGUGGAUGGUCAGGGAUUCUUUAGCUUUGAUUCCUGCAUUGCAGAGGAUUGGACUAGAUGGCCUUUGGAGUUCCUUCCAACUCUAAAAUUCUAUGGUUUAAAGUGGCGUUGGGACUAAGAGCUGCUGAAAUCCAUGGUUUAAACUGUGGCUCCCCCUCCUCUGGAUUGCUUCCGUGCCCCUCUGGUCUGGUGUGUGAAUCACGGUCACCCCAGGGCUUCAGAGGCGAAUUGGGAAGCCAAGGGCUCCCGAAUGCAUCUGAAAUGCCUUGCCUGAGCAGCUUCAGGGGCUGUUCAAUCAAGCUACUUAGGCUCUUGAUGCUUAGAACUGUCCAUGUUAAAAUAGCCUUUGCCUCUUUCAUCCUUGCAACAACCCUGUGAGGCUGUCAGUCCUGCUUCAUAGGUCAGAUAUCAAGAAAAAGGGGGCAAGAGAGCUUCAUCUGGAGAAAAGUGUUUGUGAGCUGAAUCUGAUUUCACAGAUCAGCUAAGGCCAACCCAUGAUAGCUACUGAGCCACAUCACCCUUUUAUCCAAUCAGUGGAGGUGGUGCUGUUAUAGCUGCCAUGCAAUACUCAUUCCACAUUUGCAAGAAGUUGGUAUUUUAGUACACUCUGGAACUCUCUGCCUAUUGACAUCAGACAGUCUUCACUGUCCUCUUUUUGGUGCCUGUUAAAAACAUCCUUGUUUAGACAAACCUGCCCGGAUCUUUAGAAAGUUGGUGUGAGUUUUAAUCUGUGCUUAGUCUAUUGUCAUUUUAAAUUCUCCAAAGCCUUAAAUUGUUGUUGUUAAUUUUUCUGAUUAGCAAUGCUAUUGAUUCAGGUUUUUGGUAAACUGCUUUGAGUUUGUUUUUACAAGAAACAAAUCGCAGAUUAACAGGGAUCCAGGGAUCUGUAGCUCUCUGCCCCCGCCCCAUGCAAAAGCAAAAGGACAUUAUGAGUUUCUAAGAGUCUCCCUUUCUCCUCCUUCUCAUUCCAGGAGAAGAGUUUUAUGAAGCUUCCCCCUACGAACCAGUCACCUCUCGUCUCACUGAUAUAUUCAGACUCGCUUCAAUUGUCUCAGGUAAGAGAGGCCAAGGGAAAAAGGCUUCCUGGCCAUUUCCGUUUGCUGUUUUCUAUCCAGGAGAACCAACAUCUCCUUGCUCCUCUCUCCUGGGAGUUCAGGGAUGUAUGUACACAUGGCACUUUAAAGCGGAUCUGGUUCAUCCCAUCAGGGCCAGCCCUACAAUGAGGCAGAAUGAAGCAGCUGCCUCAGGCGGCGGAUGCUGAGGUGCGGCAGGGAGUGAACAGAGCUGUGAUUGCCACAUGACCUGCCCUGUAGCCCCUAGGCUAGCCUUUUGCCCUUGAGGGUAGUUGUUUCACCAGUAUUAAAGUAGGAUUCAACUACCAGUCCAGUUGGCUUCAGGACGGGCCUUGGAGGAGGGCGCCAUUUUGUUUCUCGCCUCAGACAGCAAAAUGUCUUUUCCUUAACUACUGUUUUGUGCAUGUCUGCUAUAUUGGAAACUUGUAUCUUGAAAAUGAUUUAGAAAUUGGCUGGGUGCACAGUGGGCCUCGAGUUUCCAGAACUCAGGGCAGGUGGGGAGGCCCACAGGCAGUGCAAAGGCAUCCCAUCCUGAGAAACAUGGAGAUGUUCAACGGAGAGUGUUGUGUGCGAGCAAAUGCUCACAAGAGAAAUUGGAUGUGUGCAACUUUUGAAUAUGCUGUGUGCCUGGGACAGAGAAGGGCUCCUUCUCCUCUCCUCCUUCUCCCCGUGGCAGCUCCAGGGUUUUCCUGGCCCCGGAGCACCACUGGGCAGUCAGACAGGUGCUCUCACUCCCGGCUCGAUUUGGGUCGCGGGGGGUGGUCAGCGGUUCCCCCAGUUGACGCACUGGGUGUCCCCGGUUCCCCUUUGGUAGUGGCAGCGGCGGCAGCGGCAGUCUCAGCAGCCAGGAGCCAGCCUGGUAGUGCAGUUGGCUCUGGCUGGCUUCAGGAGCUGCUUGCUGCCAUGGCGCCCACCAUUUUGCCUCACCGGAAGUCCCCAUAUGAUGUGUCUUGUGCCGUUGAACCAAUCACGCAACAUUCAUUCCCUACUAAUAAAUCUACAAGGGAUGCGGGUGGCGCUAUGGGUUAAACCACAGAGCCUAGGACUUGCUGAUCAGAAGGUCGGCGGUUCGAAUCCCCGUGACAGGGUGAGCUCCCGUUGCUCGGUCCCUGCUCCUGCCAACCUAGCAGUUCGAAAGCACAUCAAAGUGCAAGUAGAUAAAUAGGUACCGCUCCGGCGGGAAGGUAAACAGCGUUUCCGUGUGCUGCUCUUGUUUGCCAGAAGCGGCUUAGUCCUGCUGGCCACAUGACCCAGAAGCUGUACAUCGGCUCCCUUGGCCAAUAAAGCGAGAUGAGCGCCGCAACCCCAGAGUUGGCCACGGCUGGACCUAAUGGUCAGGGGUCCCUUUACCUUUACCUAAUAAAUCUACAACACUUUAAAUAUAAAUCUGGGGAAAUUCCGGGGACAGAUUUGAAAAUCUGGGGACUGUCCCCGGGAAACGAGGAUGUCUGGUAACCAUAGAUUAGACACCACGGCUCAGCUCUGCCAUCGCAGUUGGAGGCAGCAGUGCUUCUGAAUCUCAGUUGCUGGAGACCCCAGGAGGAGAGAGGGCUCUUGUACUCAGGUCCUGCUUGUAGGUUUCCCACAGGAAUCUGGUUGCCCAUUGCAAGAAGAGGAUGCAGGGCUAGAUUGGCCAUUGGCCUAAUCCAGCAGCCUCUUCUAAUGUGUGUGACCUGCCUUGGUCUUCCUCCUGUGACAUCCAGACGUCCCCCAAAACAAGUCUGUUGGAUGGGUGAGCAUUGACAUUAUACAUCUGUUAACACCUGAUCCUGCUUAAUAAUAAUAAUAAGAAGAAGUUUUAUUUAUACCCCGCCCUCCCCAGCCAAGACCGGGCUCAGGGCGGCUAACACCAGAUACAAAAGCAAUUGAUUGAACUACAACUUAAAAAACAAGAUUAAAAUACAACAUUAAAAUACAGCCUCCUUUUAGUAAAACUCAAAUCAAAAACUUUUUGGGGGAUGAAAGCGCCAAGGCUAACUAUCCAGACUGGCCCUACAUGGGCCAGAAAAAAAGCCAGGGAAGUCCCCAAACAGGAGUUCCAUCACAAAAGGAGAAAGGAAAAAAAGAAAGGGAGGAGGGAAUCAAAUGAAUUCCAAGCCAAAGGCCAGGCGGAACAACUCUGUCUUACAGGCCCUGCGGAAAGAAAUCAGAUCCCGCAGGGCCCUGGUCUCAUGAGGCAGAGCGUUCCACCAGGCCGGAGCCAGAGUUGAAAAGGCCCUGGCUCUGGCUGAAACUAAUCUGACUUCCUUAGGGCGCGGGACCUCUAGGGUGUUGCUCUUUGUGGACCUUAAGGUCGUCCAUAUGGCAUACCAGGGGAGGUGGUCCCGUAGGUACGCGGGUCCUAGGCCGUGAAGGGCUUUAAAGGUCAAAACCAGCACCUUACAUCUGACCCUGUAGUCCACUUAAGGCUCUUGCAGCCAUCUUCUGCAUCAGCUGAAGUUUCUGGACCAUAGCUGUCAACUGUCCCUCAUUUUGUGGGAAAGUCCCUUAUCCCAGCACUGUGUCCCGCUGCUGUCCCUUAUUGAUGAUGUCCCUUAAAUUUCCUGGGUUUCAAAGGAAGCAGCUCCUCUCCCUCCCUCCCUGCCGGCCAGGGAGGAGGGAGGCUCCAACUGUGUUGCUUGGCUGCGUUGCUCACCAAUAAGGAGUCUAAGAACGACUGGGGGGUGGAGCUUGGAUGCCUUGUGCUGAUCAAAUCGGCCGUGUUGCCUGGGGACUCGCCUUUGCUCAGCACUUCCCAGCGGAGAGGUGACGGUGGUUUUCCUUGCUGCAUCCCCUUUGCCAGAUUGCUGCGCUGUGGGAACCACCCCUUGAGGCUUUGUUUGGCUGCUGGUUGACUAAAAUCCCUUAUUUUGGCUGCUGGUCCCUUAUUUUCGAAUCUGUAAGUUGACAGCUAUGUUCUGGACCACUUCCUAUAUUACCCACCACGACAACGCAGCCUGGACCUAACUAGAGCAUGGAUCCCUCUGUGGUCUGGUCAUCCCUCUCCAGGAAUCGAGAGCAGCCAAAAGGCACCUUGUGUCAGCAAAGUGGGGCAAAACAACCCUUCCUCCACCCCACCCCAGUUCAGGAGCAGAUUCUUUGCUUCUCAGACUCAACUUCAAGCCACUGACUCAGCAUUCAGUGGUCUUGGCCAGGAAGGAUGCCAGAAAGAGGACUUUGCCCCUCCCCUUCCAAGGAGGCAGGGUGGCAUCCAGCUGACUUAAUUUGCAUUUUUCUGGUAGGCCUGGAGGGGGGGGGGGACUUGUCUCCUAGUGGAGUGGUGAAAUCCACCCUCCUUCUCUCACCAGGUGCAUCUAAAUCCUACUCACUCCAGGCAUUGAUGGAGAGAGUCUUUCCUUUGAUCGUCCUGUCAUGAUACUAAGUAGCCUGGGUAAAUACAGAAGCUGUUUUGAAUUAUGAUAUGUGGAAUGUUUAGAGCAGAGGCUUACAUUUGACAUGGAAACAGAAUAUCCAGAUACGGCAGCAAUAAAGGCAUGUAAAUAUUUGAGAGAAGAAUAACCUCAAAUAAAAGUAAAGGUAAAGGGACCCCUGACCAUUUAUUGGCCGAGGGAGCUGGCAUACAGCUUCCAGGUCAUGUGGCCAGCAUGACUAAGCUGCUUCUGGCGAACCAGAGUAGCGCACAGAAACACCGUUUACCUUCCCGCUGGAGCGGUAUCUAUUUAUCUACUUGCACUUUGACAUGCUUUCGAACUGCUAGGUUGGCAGGAGCUGUGACUGAGCAACGGAAGCUCACUCUGUCGCGGGGAUUCGAACUGCCGACCUUCCGAUCGGCAAGUCCUAGGCUCUGUGGUUUAACCCACAGCGCCACCCACGUCCCAACUUCAAAUACCAGUCAGGUAAAAAAAAAAAAAGUGAGGGUGAGUGUCUGUUGAUUCUGCCCUCUUAGAAUCAUAGAGUUGAAAGGGACCCCAAGAAGUCAUCUAGCCAACCCCUAGCUAAUGAAUCCCUGACAGAUGGCCAUCCAACCUCUGCUUAAAAGGAAGAAGAAUCCACCACUUUCCAAAGGCAUAUUUUCCAAUGUUUAACAUCUCUUUGCCCUCAGGAAGUUCUUCCUAAUGUUUAUUCGGAAUCUCCUUUCUUCAAACCAAAGUUGGGGAAGCUGCUGGCCAGCGGGGAGAGGGAGGAGCUGGCUUGUUUCAAUGUACGUGGGACCUGACUGCUAUCAGAUGUCAGAAGGACGAGUAUUUACUAGCAAUGCCCAACAUUCUGAGCUCUGUGCAAAUGUAACAACAACAACAAUUUUUUAUUUAUAUCCUGCCCUCCGCAGCUGAAGCCGGGCUCAGAGCGGCUAACAACAAUAAAAGUAACACAGCAUUCUAAAAUCAAUUCAUUCUAAAAUUAAUUCAGAAUCAAAUUAAUGGCAACCACUGGGCUAGAGUUCCAUGGGGAUUACCAAAGGAGGGGGUCAGGCUGUGCCUUGGCCAAAGGCCUGGCGGAACAGGCCCUGCGGAAAAUGUCAAGUCCCACAGGGCCCUAGUCUCUUGUGACAGAGCGUUCCACCAGAUUGGAGCCACAGUCGAAAAAGCCCUGGCUCUGGUUGAGGCCAGCCUAACCUCUCUGUGGCCCAGGAUCUCCAAGAUGUUUUUACUGGAAGACUGUAAGGUCCUCCAUGGGACAUACCAGGAGAGGCGGUCCCGUAGGUACGAGGGUCCUAGGCCGUAUAGGGCUUUAAAGGUUAAAACCAGCACCUUAAACCUGAUCCUGUACUCCACCUGGAGCCAGUGCAGCUGGUAUAGCACCGGGUGGAUGUGAUCUCGCAGCAAGGACACCGUAAGGAGUCUCGCCGCGGCAUUCUGCACCCGCUGGAGUUUCUGGGUCAGUCUCAAGGGCAGCCCCACUUGUACCAUCAUUCAUGAAAUGGGAAUGAAUCAAGAGCCUUAUUCUCAGCUUAUUUCUACGUGCAAUCUAAACAUUUUAUUUCACAAAGCUUUUGAGAUCUGGACUGGCUACCAGGUUUGUAGCAGGGAUGGGGCUGGACUCCAAGUCCUAGCAGCCAGCCUGACCAGUUGCCAGGGGUAAUGGGAAUUGUAGUCCCACAGCAUCCUUGUGGGUCGAUUCUGCUUUUGGUGGCGAUGCUGCUGCGCUGUUUAUACCUUUUCGUGCUGCCAAAUUAUUUUAUUAAAGCUUCUGCUAGUUGCUUGCUUUAAAUUUGGGCAAUGCUGUGGACAUUUUGGCUGAACAGUAGCAGAUAAAUGCUUCAAAGCAAUAAAUAAAUGCUGAACAUGAUUCUGUAAACGAGGUUGCAAAGAUUAUGAGCUGACGACAGCUGAUGGCAACCCAGAGAGGCAUAAUAAUAAAUAUAGCCAAUGACUAAUACUUGAUCUUAGAGGGAAAGUCAGUUUCCAUCGUCACGUGGGUACAUGCUCGUGGCAUUUUAAUGUCAUAAGAAGAGCCUGCUAGAUCAGGCCAGGGGCCUAUCUAGUCCAGCAUGCUGCUUUCAAAGUGACCAACUAGAUCCCCUGUGAGAAACCCGCAAGCAGAAUUCAAGAACGAGAGUCCUCUCCCCUCUUGUGGCUUCCCAUGACUGGUAUUCAGAAGUAUUGCUGGCUCUGUCUGUGGAGGCAGAGCCAUCAUGGCUUGGUAGCCAUCGAAAGCCCUCUUCUCAAUGCCUUUGUCCAAUCCUCUUCUAAAGCCAUCCAAGUUGGUGGCCAUUCCUGACUCCUGUGGAACUGGGUUCCAUAGUUUAACUCAGGGGUCCCCAAACUAAGGCCCGUGGGCUGGAUAAGGCCCGAGAGACUCGUUUAUCCGGCCCGCGGCGACCCCCGCUGCCCGCUGCCACCGCCCGCUCUUACUGGCGCUGCACCGCUGCCCACUUUCGGGUCGGAGGAGCACCGGAAAUAGCUUGUGAGCAUGUGCAUGUGUGCACAUCUGGUGCACAUCCGGGUCGGAGGAGGCCCGUGCACAUGCGCACAAGCUAUUUCUGGUGCUCCUCCAACCCGGGGGUGUGCCGGAAAUAGCGUGUGCACACGCGUUUGGGCAUGUGCUCGCCUGUGCGAUCGGCGCUGGAGACACCAGCCCGAGGCACAGUAAGUUUGCUGACCCCUGGUUUAACUGCGCAGUGCAUGAAGAACUUUAUUUUAUCUGUCCCAAAUCUUCCAGCAAUCAGCUUCACUGGGUGACCUUGGGUUCUAGUGUGGUGUAGUGGUUAAGAGUGGUAGACUCGUAAUCUGGUGAACCGGGUUCGCUUCCCCGCUCCUCCACAUGCAGCUGCUGGGUGACCUUGGGCCAGUCACACUUCUCUGAAGUCUCUCAGCCCCACUCACUUCACAGAGUGUUUGUUGUGGGGGAGGAAGGGAAAGGAGAAUGUUAGCCGCUUUGAGGCUCCUUGGGGUAGUGAUAAAGUGGGAUAUCAAAUCCAAAUUAUUCUUCUUAUGAGAGAGGGAGGCAAAAAAAUUCACUGCCCGCUUCCUCCAUGCCAUGUAUAAUUGUAUGCAUGUCCAAGCAGACCUUGGGGAAAUUCCUUCAAGAAAGCUGUGGCACAGGAGGGCAGCCAUGCAGCCCCAUUGAUUGCCCUGUGGUUUGUGUGGGUCUUUCCUCUCUUUCCUGGAGGUGCUGGGGUUGGGGGCAGCCAAGGAACCUGCUGUGUGCGUGUGUGUGUUGUGCUGGGCAGUGAGAACUGGAUGUGCUCAGACAAUGCCCCAUACACAGAGUUGCCCCGAAGGGCUGCCGGGCCGCUUUGGUCCUCCCCUCCCCUCCUAAUUCUGUGGGCAGGAAAUAUGAAUUGACAUUCAGAAGGAAAUCUGCAAAACUCCCUUCCAAGAAAUGGAGCGCUUAGAUUCCAGUCGACAAUACUUUUCUUUUUUUCCGCUCUGAAGCAAAUCCCCAUCAAUAAACUAUUUAGCUGGUGGAAAAUAAGGAAUGGGCCGUGUUUGGCAUCAAGAAGCAUUAGCGCUUGGAUGUAUUUAUUCUGGAUCUCAUCGCCGAAAAUAUUUUCAGGAAGCGUGUAUGCGUGUGGGUGGGGGGCGUGGGCUGAGAGCUGGGGGGGGGGUUGUCCUUGCACAAGGAAAGGAGCUAAACGUUGGGUAGCGUCGCUUUUCCAGCUGCACGGGGAUGUAAAACGAUUACCCUCAGGUUGGAUCCAAAGGCAGAUGUGGAAAACAUGCUAUUUAAAUUUCAAAACCUCCCACCUCCUCGCCCGGCGGCUGUCAAACCUGCUAAGUCUCACCACAAAGCAGGUUAGCAAUGGAGCUCAGCUUUUCAAAGCUUUCUUUUGCAAAACCAAGGAGCCCCUUGGGACAUGCUGGGGAUGGCAGCUGGACAGGCAGGUCGGAAGCUGGGGUGUCUUCAGAUGCUGUCCCCGGGGGGGGGGGCAUGGCAUGUUCUAUGGGCAGGGCCACAAGGCCCCCUUACCUGCUGAGCAUAGGUCAAGUGCCUGGGAGCCCAGGAAUGACUGCAGCAUCAUCUGCAAAGCAUGGGAUGUCGAAGCAUCCGAAUAACAACAACAAUUUAUUUAUAUCCUGCCUUUUCCCCAGACCAAGGCUCAAGACCAUGGGUAGGCAAACUAAGGCCCGGGGGCUGGAUCCGGCCCAAUCACCUUCUAAAUCCGGCCCAUGGACGGUCUGGGAAUCAGCGUGUUUUUACAUGAGUAGAAUGUGCCCUUUUAUUUAAAAUGCACCCCUGGGUUAUUUGUGGGGCCUGCCUGGUGUUUUUACAUGAGUAGAAUGUGUGCCUUUAUUUAAAAUGCAUCUCUGGGAUAUUUGAGGGGCAUAGGAAUUCGUUCUUCCCCCCCCCCAAAAAAAAUAGUCCGGUCCCCCACAAGGUCUGAGGGACAGUGGACCGGCCCCCUGCUGAAAAAGUUUGCUGACCCCUGCUCAAGAACGGCUCCCAGAUUAAAAUACAAAAACACAGGUAAAACAGAAGAAGCUAAGAACAUAGAAAGGAUAAUCAUUAAAAAACAACAACAAUUAAACAGUAAAAGAAUUAAAACAAUAUAUAAAAAUCUAUUAAAGGUAUAAAAGCUUCAUAAUACCAUCCCUUUCCUUUAAAAAAGUCAGCUGCUGAAGUCACAGGUUCAAUUCCCAUAUGGGACAGCUGCAUAUUCCUGCUUCUCAGGGGGUUUGACUAGAUCAUCCUCAGGGUCCCUUCCAGCUCCACGAUUCUUUGCCUCUAUGCCUUUUGUAAUAGAAAGGUCUUUCUUCACCUGCUGGCAAAGGGACAUCAAGGAGGGAGAAAGUCUAACUGCUCUAGGGAGGGAGUUCCAAAUUGUAUCACCUUUCCAAAGGCUUGUUGCCUUUGAUUCCUUCUCUGCUGUCACAAGUACAGAGUUUUUCUGAGUGGUGAUCGGCCUUCUGUCGUCUAGCUAAACGGGCCAGCCCCCCCGAGUUGCGUGCCAUAGCACUGUGACCCCAUCGCCCCUAAUAUAGUAAAAACAACCAGGCAGGACAAAGAAUGUAAAGGUAAAGGUAAAGGGACCCCUGAGAGUUAAGUCCAGUUGUGGACGACUCUGGGGUUGCGGCGCUCAUCUCGCUUUACUGGCCGAGGGAGCCGGCGUACAGCUUCCGGGUCAUGUGGCCAGCAUGACUAAGCCGCUUCUGGCGAACCAGAGCAGCGCACUGAAAUGCCAUUUACCUUCCCGCCUGAGCGGUACCUAUUUAUCUACUUGCACUUUGAUGUGCUUUUGAACUGCUAGGUUGGCAGGAGCAGGGACCGAGCAAUGGGAGCUCACCCCGUUGCGGGGAUUCGAACCGCCAACCUUCUGAUCGGCAAGCCCUAGGCUCAAUGGUUUAACCCACAGUGCCACCCGCAUCAAUUUUAUCGAUUACGGAUGUGAAAGGUGUGGCAUAGGCACUGGGUAUACCUUUUCGCACUCCAGCCCUUCUGCUUGGAGUGUUCCCAGGGCAGACACAACUGGGGAGUCCUAUGACCUUCAUCAAAUAGGGGUACCCCCAGAAGCAUCCCCAUCGGGGAGUGCUCUGGCCCUAGCACCCACCUGGGUACCUGGACAGAUGUGACUCCUCGCAGAUCCCAUUAUCAAGAUAUCAUUUUCCAUGAAGGGGCAGGCAGAGGCUACAACCUCCCCUGCAACCAAGACUAAGGCCCACUAGCCCAGAGAGGGCUCUUGUACCUGGUUUCUGUUUUGGGGUUUCCCUGAAUGGUCAUCUGGUCAACCAGCAUGAGAUGCUGGACUAAGAAGGGCAGGCUCUCCUUCGGUUCUGAACUUUAUUUGUCCCAAGUGUUUUCUGGCAUAGCUGUCAACUUACAGAUAUGAAAAUAAGGGACCAGCAGCCUCGAAAAUAAGGGAUCAGCAGCCAAAAUAAGGGAUUUUCCAAACACAGGUAUGUUCAACUUCUGAGCCCCUCCGAGCCAAAAGCAGAAAGCCCAGCCAGCAGCCAAACGAAGCCUCAAGCGGUGGUUCCCACAGCGCAGCAACCCGGCAAAGGGGAUGCAGCAAGGAAAACCACCGUCACCUCUCCGCUGGGAAGCGCUGAGCAAAGGCGAGUCCCCAGGCAACACGGCCGAUUUGAUCGGCACAAGGCAUGCAAGCUCCACCCCCCAGUCGUUCUUAGACUCUUUAUUGGGUGAGCAACGCAGCCAAGAAGCACAGCUGGAGCCUCCCUCCUCCCUGGCCGGCAGGCAGGGAGGGAGAGGAGCUGCUUCCUUUGAAACCCGGGAAAUUUAAGGGACAUCAUCAAUAAGGGACAGCAGCGGGACACAGCGCUGGGGUAAGGGACUUUCCCACCAAAUAAGGGAUGGUUGACAGCUAUGUUUUCUGGCGAGCCCUGGAGAUGCAGGAGGGCAAAUGGAAAACAUGCCUUUCCUUUUUGAGCGUGGAAUAAAGGAUCUUGGGUAUUUGAGACCUUUUGAGGCAGGAGAGGCAGUGGAUGUCUCUUUGGCCCCCGAGAACAAAUGGGGUCAGCGAUGCUCAGCUCCCCCUCUGAAAGGCCCGGCUCCAGCCUCCCUUUCUUCUUCUUCAUGAAAGUUUAAUGCUUGUACCUCAUUAAUGAGCUCCCCAGAAAGCAAGACUCCUGCAAGCCCUGGAUCUAUUAAAAUGCAUCCAGGUCCCUGCCGGUCUCAGGCAGGGCAAGAGCAGGGGGGACUCAGGAGGAUUAGCCAAUCAAGCCUGCUUUACAUAGAUCCCUGCACUGAUGCUCUUGCAAAAGGGCAGCUUGGAUUCAGGCUCGAAAGCUGGAGGAGGAGGGGAGAUGCGUUCCCUGCUGUUCCUUUCUCCUGUGCCAGGUUAAGGAUAGGGAGAUGGGGAGGGGUGUGUGGCCCAGGGUUGGCCCAAGACAUUUUAGCACCUGAGGUAAACCAUUAAACGGUGUCCCUCGCCAGGGAAGAAGGAGUGAAGUUCCACAUCAGGAACAAGGGGGUGGUGGUUGUGGGAAUGUUCAGGGAUGCAGGAGAGGAUAGAUUGUUUGAUUAUAGCCUUUCCAACUUUUGUAAACAAGUUCACAAUUUAGCAGAGUAACAUUCCCCUUUUUAAACUUGCAGCGGAUGCGUUUGCUCAUAGAGCUUGCUAAAGCCUCUAUAAUAACUGUUCUGGUAUUUUCCCCUUAUGUCCCCCUUAAAAGAUAAGACACUACACAGUCUUCUAUAAAAGUAUAAAAAAAGUUUACUCACAUUCUGUUCACAAUUGGAUCCCAGAAGGCAGACUUAGCUUAGAAAAGUAACAUAUACCUGGAAACUAUCUCAUAAGGAGACAGUCCCUUUGUCCUCUCUUGGCUGGCCAAGAGAGCAUCUUUGACUAAGCAGAUGUUGCUUCUUCGAUGCAUGUAGUCAAAGAGAGAGAUGGUUGCCCUGCCCUGUGCUUUUGUCAUUACCUGCACAGGUGAGGCCACGCCCACCUCUAGUCACAUGCAGAGGAAGUCUGUCCCAGCCCAGAAGGAAACAGGAAGUUUACCUGCUGGCUGGACAAACAUUCCUCCCCAUGUGUAAACAUGUUCACUCUAGGAAUGUUGUACUUGACUGCUCUUGUGUUUCACAUCCCACAGUGGUGGAAUAAAGAUGUACCUCAAGAGCAGACCAGUGGAUCCUUGGGGGGGCGGGGGGGCUGCAAAGGGGACAACAGAUCCAGCCUCUAAGGAGCGUGUUAUGAGAGAAAAACUGCUCCUUUUCCCUUAUGGGGUACCCAAGAGCCCAUAUAGAGUCCUUUUGUAGGUUCUCUAUCAGUAGGAGAAUAUAACAGAGGCCAAGCAGAGAAUAUUGAGAAGCAAAGCAGCUAGUAAGCCUGAUCUUUUUUAAAGCUGCUGCAACAGGGUUCUCCCCACACAGGCAGGAGGGGAGGAGGGACCCCGAGCCAUGUGCACAAGCCCUUAUAUAGACAUUUUAAAUUGCCCACCCUGGAGUCCAAGACCACCCCCAGAAACAUCAUACAUACAUCACAGAAGGGGUGUGGCCCAAGACCACCCCCUUAAUACAUCAGAGAAGGUGCGGAAAUCUGGGUGUGUUGUUUCUUCCUGUCUGCCAGGUUACCUGAUUGGAUUACCUGGGCAUCCUGGCCACUCUUUUGUUCUGAUAACUACUCAAUUCCUGAAUCCAGGUCACAGGUCACAGGCUCAUACCCUAUUCAUAUCUUAAAACAGGAUUUGUGAAAGAGACAAUGGGGAGAUUUCCAUUUCCUUCCACCUUGCAGAGAAAUAUUUGAGGUCAUUUGGGGAGAGAGAAAAUGGUUUCAGGACUUUUCAGUGGGUUUCAGAUAUGUGGUUUACAUAUUUGUAUGUGUUUGCUUGGUACAUUUAUGAACAUCUAUUAUAUAUACAGUGGACGCUCGGGUUGUGAACGUGAUCCGUGCGGGAUACACAUUCACAACCCGCAGUGUUCGCAACCUGCAUCUGUGUGUCUGUGCACGCACGGGAUGUGAUUUGGUGCUUCUGUGCAUGUGCAAAGUGCGAUUUAGCGCUUCUGCGCAUGCGCGGCUGCCGAAACCCGGAAGUAACCCAUUCCGGUACUUCCAGGUUUGGGCGGUUUGCAACCCCCCAAAAAAGCAACCUGAAGCAUCUGUAAUCCGAGGUAUGACUAUAUAAGACAUCUAUAAAACUCUUAUAACAAGCGCACCAGUGGCAGCAGCAGCGAGAGAUACAUUCUCACAUCGCCUUGCCUUACGAGUGGGCUGAUGCUGGUGUGACUUGCCACGUUCUCCCUCUUGCAACAUCCAACAGAAGAGUCUGCCAGUUCAGGCCAAUGGGGACCCAUCUAAUCCGGCACCCUCCUCUUACAGUGGCCAACCAGAUGCCCCAAAGGGAAACCUACAAGCAGGAUUGGUGCACAAGAGCCUUCUCCCAUCCUGCGGUUUCCAGGCAUAGUUGCCUCUAACUGUGGAGACAAAGCAGAGCUUUUGCGGCUAGGAGCCACCAAUAGCCUCUCCUCCAUGAAUUUGCCUAAUCCUCUAUUAAAGCCAUCCCGGUUAGUGGCCACCACUGCCUUUUGUGGAAGGGAGUGCCACAGUUUAACUAUACACUGCAUGGAGAAGGACUUUCUGUUGUGGCUUUAGGAGCUCUGCAUCCCCCAGCCAUAGAGGGCUGGUGGCAGGGCCAGGAUCAGCUUCAGCAAAAGGAACCGAAACGUUACUCCCCUCGCAGAGAAAGCUGGUUUGAAUCAAGAGCAGAUGGCGGAUGAGGACAGGCUUGAGUUCAAGGCAGGCACGUGGGAGGGGCGCCCCUUUCACUUGCGUGUCGUCUCAUGCUUUCCCUGGUCUGACUUUAAUUUUACGCUGUAUUAGAACUUGGCACAUGACACAUGUUAACUCUAUCAUGAAGUAUCCAAACAAACCCCUGUGUUGCAAAGAGAACAUCAACAAUGUCUAGGCAACACGAUGACCAUAUAGAUACGUAAUAGACAAUCUUUAUAGAAUUCCUUCAAACCAUAAAGAGUGGGUGGAUAUAGAAUGCUUCAUAAACCCAUCUUAUUUCAAAUGACCACAUUAUUACAUGAGAACUGUUCCACAGCAUUUGAUAUUUUCAUUUACAUACAUUCAUUCAAAAUAAGAUGGGUUUAUGAAGCAUUCUAUAUCCACCCACCACGCUGAUGAAGAGUUCUGCGAAACAGUAGUCAAUAUCCGGAAUCCCUGUUCAGUGUUGGACAUCAUAUUUGUUGAAUACACAAAGCUUCACAGCUUGUCUUUCAUCGUACAAAGCUUGGUACCUCGCUUCAUUUAAAGAUUUUCAGAGACUUUGAGAUUGAAGAUUUCAUUUUGAACUCUUUAUGGUUUGAAGGAAUUCUAUAAAGAUUGUCUAUUACGUAUGUAUCUGGUCAUCGUGUUGCCUAAACUCUAUCAGGAAAGCGGCUAACUGGCUCUGUGCAGUAAAGCAAACUGGCAAUUGCAGGAGAAUGGAACUGGGAGCACCAGCACUUCCCAGUAAGCUCUCUUCCCAUUAGGCUCACCGGCUUAGGGUGGGGAGGGCCCAGGCACCAUAAUAAGACUGGCAUGGAAUGACUAAUGAUGAAUGUGAAUGGAAGCAAGAAGAACUACCGACGAAAGAAGAAUGGAGGAUGAAGUUGAGGGACUAUGCAGAAUUAGAUAAAUUAACAGGAAGGAUUCGAAACCUGCGGGAUCAGAGAUUCUUAGAAGACUGGAGUAAAUAUAUGAACUAUUUGAAAAGUAAUUGUGAUGAACAGAUUACACUAGUUGGAUAGCUAGAAGUUUUGUAAGGUGGAUUGUUUGAAAUAUUGCAAGAAAGAAUAGGAAGAGAAUUAUUAGUUAAGGACAAUUAAAUGUAAUACAGAAAUUAAGAAAUGCAGAAUAAGUGAUAAAGAACAGAAAAUCAUCAGAGGUGUUGACGGAAGUCUAAAAUAUUGUAUAAGGUGAGAAGUUAUGUAGUAUGACUGUUGGAACUGAUAUGUUAAAAAAAUCAAUAAAAAUGUGUAUAUAUAUCUAUAUAUCUAUCUAUAUAUAUAUAUAUAUAUGACUAAUGAUGAAUGUGCUCCUACCAUAAGAACAUAUGAAGAGUAUCUGCUGGAUCAGGAUUUGAGCAAUAGAGCAGUUCUCCUUCCUGUGGAUUCCAGCCACUAGGAUUAAGAAACAUUGCUACAUCCAGCUGUGGAGGCAGAGCAGAGCCACCUUGCCUAACAGCCUUUGAUAACCUUUUCCGCCGUGAAUUUGUUUAAACCUCUUUUAAAGCCGUCAAGGUUGGUAGCCAUCACUGCCUCCUGUGGGAGCGAGUUCCAUAGUUGGACUUUGUACUGCAUGAAGAAGGACUGCCGUAUUUUUCCAUGUAUAAGAUGACCCUUUUUCUGGUUUACAGUGGUAAGGUAAAGGUAAAGGGACCCCUGACCAUUAGGUCCAGUCGUGGCCGACUCUGGGGUUGUGGCACUCAUCUCGCUUUAUUGGCCAAGGGAGCCGGCGUACAGCUUCCGGGUCAUGUGGCCAGCAUGGCGAACCAGAGCAGCACAUGGAAAUGCCAUUUACCUUCCCGCUGGAGCAGUACCUAUUUAUCUACUUGCACUUUGACGUGCUUUCGAACUGCUAGGCGGGCCAGGAGCAGGGACCGAGCAACGGGAGCUCACCCCGUCGCGGGGAUUCGAACCGCUGACCUUCUGAUCGGCAAGUCCUAGGCUCUGUGGUUUAACCCACAGUGCCACCCAUGUCCCUCGGUUUACAGUGGUACCUCGGGUUAAGUACUUAAUUCGUUCCGGAGAUCCGUUCUUAACCUGAAACUGUUCUUAACCUGAGGUACCACUUUAGCUAAUGGGGCCUCCCGCUGCUGCUGCCACACGAUUUCUGUUCUCAUCCUGAAGCAAAAUUCUUAACCUGAGGUAAUAUUUCUGGGUUAGCAGAGUCUGUAACCUGAAGCGUAUGUAACCCGAGGUACCACUGUAUUUUGUGUGUGUGAUAAAUUGAGGGUCGUCUUAUACACGGGUUAAUAUGCUAAGUAAGCGAGGGCUGGUGCUGCGGCGGAACAGGGAAAUGUUGGAGAGGAGACUGCUUACCCGCUCUCUCCGGCUUAGUAGGAGUAUUUGGUGAGUGCCAGUAUGCGGUAUAUUACAGCACCAGUUCCGUCAGCCAGAGCGGGGGAUCGUGGAAAAGCUGCUCAACAGCAUGGCAAAUUUACAAAAGAAGCUUGAGGGCUCCCCAAAAUAGGAGUCGUCUUAUACGUGGGGUCCUGUUAUACACGGAAAAAUACAGUAUUUUUUACCUGUCCUGAUUCUUCCAAAGUUCCUUUUCACCGGAUGCCUGCGAAUUCUAGUUUUAUGAGAGGGAGAAAAAUGUUUUUCUAUUUACUUUCUCCAUCCCAGGCAUCAUUUUAUAAACUUCUGUCAAGUCACCUCUUCCUUGUCUUUUCUCCAAACUGAAAUUCCCCCAAAGCCGCAACUUUUCUUUACAGGGGAGUCACUCUGGCCCCUUGACCAAAGGAAGAUGCUUUGAAGACUCAGGCCAGCUUGUGGCAGACUGAAUCAACUUCCCCAAUGAACAUCUGGAAAGGAUCUCUGAGGUCAGAGAUCUGUGCGCUGGAGUUCGUGUGAGGCUGUUGCUCAGGGAGGCCUUGUACCUCAAGCCAGCUUGCUGAUCACCACUGGAGGCAGCACAUGCUGGGGCGGGGAGCCAGGAUGGGUGCAUGCUGUCUCUGAAUGUAGCUGUGGAUCUCUUGUUGUUGAUGUGUGGCCAGAGGAAUGGCGCAUUCCCAAAACUUGCUUGCACAACUCUCAUUCAGAUUAUGUGCAUCACUGACCUUUGGUGAAAAAUGAGCAGGUUAUGGGAAGAGAAAUCCAUUCUACAACCUGUUGCUCCAACCCCUUGAUCCUUUUAGUUGCCUUUUUCUGAUGCUUUCCCCCCAAACCACAAGUCCAGCCUGUUAACCAGAUCACCUCUUUCUAUCUGCUCCUUGACAAAGAACUCCAAGAGGUUCUAAUAGGUCCAUGUGGUAUGAAUGACAUGAUGGCUGAGGUUCUGGGUGGCUAUGGAGCAGACUCGGGGCACUGGAGAGCCAGUGUGGUGUAGUGGUCCAGGGCGGUAGACUUGUAAUCUGGUGAACUGGGUUCGCUUCCCCGCUCCUCCACAUGCAGCUGCUGGGUGACCUUGGGCUAGUCACACUUCUCUGAAGUCUCUCAGCCCCACUCACCUCACAGAGUGUUUGUUGUGGGGAAGGAAGGGAAAGGAGAAUGUUAGCCGCUUUGAGACUCCUUCGGGUAGUGAUAAAGCGGGAUAUCAAAUCCAAACUCUUCUUCUUCGUGGGGGGUGGGGAGCAAUGCUUCUUUCAGACAGAAAUCCCAGCUUUCAUUUUUCCUUGCAACCUCCUCUGUUUAUGCCAAUAUUUGGUGAUGCAGGGCAGAUGCUGAGACUCCAACUGCAGUUGGCAGGAGAGGAUUUUCACUUUGGGUGGGUGGGUCAUAUUUCUCCACUAUAGAACACAUACAUGACCCAGCCCAGCUCGGUGCUGCAGGGUUAAUGGCAGCUUCAGACGUGCCUUGUUCCUUUCUUCUGGUGCUUCUGGUGGAGCAAGGCGGGCCACUGGCGGCAUGUGGAGUCUCCCUGCUGCCCACCUCUGUCCAAUUUCAGCUGCAGUUUCCAGGAAAACCAUUGAGAAAAUGAGCCGAAGAGUCCCUCCAGGGAUGACUAGGAGCUGGAAGAGGCCUUCAUUAGGCUCUGCCGCAUUUUCUGCUUUUGUCCAGUUCUGCAUUUUCAAUUGUGAUUUCCCCCCUUUCCUUUUAAAAUGUUGAUGCUCUGUUAUUCUUGUUGUAUGCUGGCCUGCGGGACGCGGGUGGAGCUGUGGGUUGCCGAUCAGAAGGUUGGCGGUUUGAAUCCCCGCGACGGAAUGAGCUCCUGUUGCUCAGUCCCUGCUCCUGCCAACCUAGCAGUUUGAAAGCACACCAGUGCAAGUAGAUAAAUAGGUACCGCUCCGGUGGGAAGGUAAACGCCGUUUCCGUGCGCUGCUCUGGUUCACCAGAAGUGGCUUAGUCAUGCUGGCCGCAUGACCCGGAAGCUGUACGCCGGCUCCCUCGGCCAGUAAAGCGAGAUGAGCACCGCAACCCCAGAGUCGGCCAUGACUGGACCUAAUGGUCAGGCGUCCCUUUACCCUUAUACUGGCCUGCAAGCUUCACUGAUGGGCACCCUAAAAAAUCUGUUGACUAAAUAGUUUAGGGCUCCAGAAUGCUGUGCUGGUGUCAGCCCUUGAGGGUCUCAGUGUUACCCAAAUUGGGCAGGGGAUGCUAAGAGGCAAGGGGGUGGUGGGGGAGGGGUGGAAGGUGUAAAUGACUAUCAGACUUUGAAUAGCUGGUCUCGCUGGAUCAGUUUUGUUGAAUCAAUUAAAUGAAAUACUUUUAAUUGGCUUUUGAAUAACUGCAAUUAAUUGUUACUGUUUUGAAUUUUAUUGUGCUAUUACCUUCCUUUACGGGUUGUGCAAAGUGAUGUUCUGAACAAUGUUUUUUUGGGAGCCACAGAGUUAGUGGGUCAGUGCUUCUGUGGUUUGGUGAGAGGGAACAGCUGGAUGGAGGGGAAGGAAAGGGAUGGGGGGGGGCAAGCCCCACAACGAUGCUUCUGUGCCAGUCCCUUCUCUCUCACUUGAUUGCCCCUUCUGAGCAUUUUAGAGGUACCUAUGCCAAAUCUCCCAGGUGCACAUCCUUCAAAUUGGAUCAGAGAUGCAUGUAAUCUUGGACCCAGAUGCCAUGCUUGGGAGUUCUCCUUCUCAAAUGGCAGCAACCUGCUGUUCCCAGAGCAUAGAUAAGAAUCCCACCUGCUGCAAAAGGACCCCAGAGAGCAGCUAGAGGAGGGGUGCAUGUCUCUCUCGCAUGCCCCAAAGCACCAAGGGCACAGAUCACACAAAGUGCACAUUAUAAAGGACCCGUCUGGAAGCGCCCAGAGAACCCUGUGGUGCAUGAUGGAAGAUCUAGGACAGAUAAAAAAAAGGUCUUCGUCAGACAGUCCAUAGGUAAACUAUGGAACUCCUUGCCACUGGGGGAAGUGAUGGCCGCCAACUUGCAUGGCUUUAAAAGAGGAUUAGACAGAUUCAGAAAGGAGAGGGCUACUGGGGGCUCCUACCGCCUUCUGUCGGGAUGCGGGUGGCGCUUUUUGGGUUAAACCACUGAGCCUAGGACUUGCCAAUCGGAAGGUCGGCGGUUCAAAUCCCCGUGAUGGGGUGAGCUCCCGUUGCUCUGUCGCUGCUCCUGCCCACCUAGCAGUUCAAAAGCAUGUCAAAGUGCAAGUAGAUAACUAGGUACCGCUCUGGCGGGAAUGUAAACGGCGUUUCCGUGCACUGCUCUGGUUCGCCAGAAGUGGCUUAGUCAUGCUGGGCACAUGACCCGGAAGCUGUAUGCUGGCUUCCUCAGCCAAUAAAGCGAGAUGAGCACCGCAACCCCAGAGUCGGCCACGACUGGACCUAAUGGUCUUUACCUUUACUGCCUUCUGUCAAGAGCUUGGGUGUAACAUUCAACUCCUCUCUUUCCAUGGAGGCACAGGUUGCAGCCACAGCAAAGGUGGCAUUUUCCCAUCUCUGCCGUAUCAAGCAGCUGGUCCCUUACCUUUCUUGCCCUGAUCUGGCCAUGCGACGGUCACCUUCAGGCUUGAUUAUUGUAACUCGCUCUAUGCAGGGCUGCCCUUGAAGCUGACCCAGAAACUCCAGCUGUUGCAGAAUGCCGCAGCGAGGCUCCUUACGGGGUCCUUGCCAUGGGAUCACAUUCAUCCAGUGCUUUACCAACUGCACUGGCUCCCGGUGGAGUACAGGGUCAGGUUUAAGGUGCUGGUUUUGACCUUUAAAGCCCUAUGCAGCCUAGGACCCACGUACCUACGGGACCGCCUCUCCUGGUAUGCCCCACGGAGGACCUUAAUGUCCACAAAUGACAACACUUUGGAUGUCCCAAGUCAGAAGGUGGUUAGAUUGGUCUCAACUAGGGCCAGAGCCUUUUCAGUACUGGCCCCAAGUGGUGGAACGCUGUCACAAGCGACUAGGGCCCUGCGGGACUUGACAUCUUUCUGCAGGGCCUGCAAGGCAGAGCUGUUCCGCCUGGCCUUUGGUUUGGACUCCGUCUGACCCUUAUGCUUCCCUCUCCUUAUGGUCUUGAUCUAUGGGCUACUCUUAAAAUGUGGCUGCAUUUUAAAUUGCAUUUUAACCUGUAUUUUAAAUUGGUCCCCCCCAUUAUGUUUUUACUGUGAUUUUAUUGGUGUUAGCUGCCCUGAGCCCGGCUCUGGCCAGCAAGGGUGGGGUAUAAAUAAAAUUUAUUAUUAUUAUUAUUAUUAUUAUUAUUAUUAUUAUUACCCAUGAUGGCUAUGUUGUCCCACCACAGUCGAGGGCAGCAGUGCUUCUUCACACCUGUUGCUGGAAAUCAGACAGGGAGGAAAGGGCUCUUGUGCUUGGCCACAGUGAUAAGAGGAGGCUGGACUAGGUUGGUCCUUGGCCGGAAGCAGCAGGCUGUUCUUAUGCACAGUAACCCCUUUUUCUCUUCUUCCGGGACAGGGAUGGAUUCGACUGCCAACGCCAAAAGCAACCACUGCCUUGACGCGGCCAAAGCCUGCAACCUGAACGACAAUUGCAAGCGCCUCCGCUCGAGCUACAUCUCCAUCUGCAACAAGGAGAUCUCCUCCACGGAGCGCUGCAACCGCCGCAAGUGCCACAAAGCCCUGCGCCAGUUCUUUGACCGCGUGCCCCACGAGUACACCUACCGGCUGCUCUUCUGCUCCUGCAGGGACCAGGCGUGCGCCGAGCGACGCCGACAGACCAUCGUCCCCCAUUGCUCCUACGAGGACAAGGAGAAGCCCAACUGCCUGGAGCUCCGCAGCCUGUGCAGGUCGGACCCCCUCUGCCGGUAAGGACCGCCUCACUGUGAAGCCAGGUUUCCCAUUGGCAAAGCCCUUGGGGCUCAUGAAUGGUCUCUGAAAUUUGAGUUUUGUUAUGAGCAGAGUUUUCAAACGUGGGAGAAGAUACCUAGGAAGGUAGGCCUUGAUCACUGGAGUUUAUUUCCAAAGGAAGGUCACUAAGGAAAACGGGCUCAGCAUCCCGGGCUCACCAAUGAGACGUUGUCAUUGUGGUCCAUUUGUGGCUCUGAGUUUUGGGUGUGUGUGGUUUUUGAUGGAGUCUCCAGCAUCUCUGGCGAUGGAUUGCUUUGACGCAGUGAUUUGGGUGCAUGCUGCGAGUGUUCUUGGGGAAACCAUAGCUGUCAACUUUCCCCCCUUUUAAAGUAAUAGUAAUAGUACCACUCUAUUCUGUCUUGGUCCAACCCCACCUGGAGUCCUGUGAUUGACAAGCUGGAAAGUGUGGAAAGGAGGGGUACCAAGGUGAUCAAGGGUCUGGAAGCAAGAAUUGUGAGGAACAGUGGAGGGAGCUGGCAAUGUUUAGCCUGGAGAAGAGAAAACUGAGAGGCGAUUGGAGAACCGUCUUCAAAUAUCUGAAGGGCUGUCAUGGGGAAGACGGACAAGCUUGUUUUGUGCUGCUUCUGAGGGUAGGAGCCAAAUGAAAGGAUUCAAGUUACAAGAAAGGAGAUUCUGACUAAACACCAGGAAGAAAUUUCUGACAGUGAGAGCUGUUUGACAAGGGAAUGAACUUCCUUGAAAGAUGUUGUGCUCUUCUUUCUUAGAAUUUUUUGAACAGAGGUCAGGGAUAGUUUAGCUGUGAUUUUUGCCUUGCCGGGAGUUGCACUACAUGGCUCUUUUGGUUCCUUCCAGCUCGACAAUUCUAUUACUCUAACACAGAUGGGGUGCUGUUGGGGAAGGCGACAGUGCUGGCCAUGCUGGUUCAACCCUCAUGUCUGCCACUGUGAGACAGGAUGGGGAUCCUGCCAAUCAUCUGGCCCCAAUGGACCAGGCAACCUGGAGCUGACUUUGCCAAGAAGACAGGCCUGCUUAGGAAGGCAGGGGAAGGGAGCUGGUCUAGGCGCAUGUGUCUGCGUGUUUGUGGGGGUGGGAGGGCACGUGAUGCUCUGCUAGGGCUGGACACAGGGGCAGGGAUGUGUCUCAGGAGAUCAGGGAGGAAGAAAUUGCAAGUGAUGUUGAAAAAGGAGGUGUCAAAGUGCUGGCCAAGGGGGAAACAUCAUUAGUGCUAGACUUGUCUCCCUGAAUUUCGGUCUCUUGCUCUGCCCUGUCUCUCUGGUUUUGUCUCUCUGUCUCUCCAGCUGCCAGAACUCCCCCGGCAGUCUAAUCAGCUGCCAGGGCAAUAUUCUCUUCCAAGGGCCAAUGGGCACUGCCGAUCCUUGUGUGCCUCCCCUUGCCCCUUGCUAAAUGCUGGGUACAAAGGCAGGAGGCGGGGGGAAGAAACUCUGAGCUGCUGGAAUGGCUAGUGGAUGAACCACACCACAUAGGAACAUGCAAAGAGCCCCACUGGAUCAAGCCAGCAGGGCUCAUCUAGUCCAGCUGUUCUCCCAGAGAGCAACCAGAUGUCUCACUGGGAAGCCCACAAGCAAGACCUGAGCACAAGAGCCCUCUCCCCUCUUGUGGCUGAUAUUCAGAACCAUAGUAGCCAUCGAGAGCCCUCUCCUCCAUGAAUUUGUCCAAACCUUGUUUGAAGCCAUCCAGAUUGAUGGCCAUCACAGCUUCCUGCAAGAGUGAGUUCCACAGAUUAACUCUGCACUGCAUACAUAAGUCCUUUUUAAACAUCUGCAUUGACCCUUCCAACAUUCAGCUUCACUUGAUGUCCGCGAGUUCUAGUGCUAUGAGAGAGGGAGGAAACAUUAUUCACUUUCUCCAAGUCAUGCAUAAUCUUAUAAACUUCUGCCAUGUCACCUUUUACUCUCCUAAACUAAAUUAAAAAGUCCCAAGCACUGCAAUGUCCCUCCCUCCCUCUUGCUCUACUCUUUUCUAAACCGAAAAGGUCAUCUUAUUUCUCAGGCUCUCCCAUGAUUUAAGGCCAUCAUAAUGAUAAUAUAUAAAAGGGACGUGGGUGGUGCUGUGGGUUGAACCACAGAGCCUAGGACUUGCUGAUCAGAAGGUUGGUGGUUCGAAUCCCCGCGACGGGCUGAGCUCCCGUUGCUCAGUCCCUGCUCCUGCCCACCUAGCAGUUCGAAAACACGUCAAAGUGCAAGUAGAUAAAUAGGUACCGCUCCUGCAGGAAGGUAAACAGCGUUUCCAUGUGCUGCUCUGGUUUCACCAGAAGCGGCUUAGUCAUGCUGGCCACGUGACAUGGAAGCUGUACGCCGGCUCCUUCGGCCAGUAAAGCGGGAUGAGCGCCGCAACCCCAGAGUUGGUCACGACUGGACCUAGUGGUCAGGGGUCCCUUUACCUUUACCUAAUGAUAAUAGUAGAGAAACGCCUUUUGUGGGCCUGGAAAAUGGUGUUUGGAGUAGAACUGGGCCCGGGCCCAACAAGUGCCCAGGAAUGGGGAAUCCCUGGCAAAGCUUCACCCUGGAAGAGGGACAAUUCCUGUACUCAGGGUGGUCAGCCAGAUGUCUGUGGGAAGCCUGCAAGCACAAUCUGAGUGCAAGAGCAUAAGAACGUCAGAAGGGACUGCUGGGAAUGGCCAAUGGCCUAUCUGGUCCAGCAUCCUAUUCUCAUAGUAGAAACUCAGAUGCCCCAAAGGGAGACCCACAAGCCUUUGGGAAACUUGCUCCAGCUUGGCUCUGCCUGCUCAGCAGGAAUGUUGGGCAGUCACCUCACCUUCCUGCAGCCCAAGGAAAGACUCCCUGGGCAUGGCCAGCAUCUGUUGCUUGGUACUUGUGCCUCCUCUGCACGCUCUUAGGUGGAUGCUCAGCUAAUCAAGCAACUACAGUGGUACCUUGGGUUACAGACACUUCAGGUUACAGACGCUUCAGGUUACAGACUCUGCUAACCCAGAAAUAGUACCUCGGGUUAAGAACUUUGCUUCAGGAUGAAAACAGAAAUCGCAUGGCGGUGGCAUGGCAGGAGCUAAAGUGGUGCUUCAGGUUAAGAACAGUUUCAGGUUAAGAACGGACCUCCAGAAUGAAUUAAGUUCUUAACCCGAGGUACCACUGUAUUGUCCUGUUAGUAUCUUUCUAUACAUUAGAAGAAGAAGAAGAAGAAGAGUUUGGAUUUGAUGUUCCGCUUUAUCACUACCCUAAGGAGUCUCAAAGCGGCUAACAUUCUCCUUUCCCUUCCUCCCCCACAACAAACACUCUGUGAGGUGAGUGAGGCUGAGAGACUUCAGAGAAGUGUGACUAGCCCAAGGUCACCCAGCAGCUGCAUGUGGAAGAGCGGGGAAGCGAACCCGGUUCACCAGAUUACGAGUCUACCAUUCUUAACCACUACACCACACUGGCUCUCGAGGUUAGCUCUGCUGUGGAACUGGGAGCAGUGAAUUCUGGGUGGCAAAGGGGACCACUGAAAUAGGUUUGGAAUCAACCAGGCCAUUCUAAAGGGAAAUUCGUUUAUGGAACAUCCAGCAUUGAUAUUAAUGCACCUUUCACUUUGUUCCUCCAUUAACAGCAUUUGCACAAGGUUUAUGGGGAUGGGGCCCCUCAAAGGUACUUUUAUUGUCCCAUGUGGAAUGCCUUCAGAAGGGUUUCCCCUGCCAUCUGGUGGGCCACUGUGAAAACAGGAUGCUGGACUAGAUGGGCCCCCAUUGGCCUGAUCCUGCAGAAUAUUCUGCUCCAGUACAGGAUAGUUUGCCGAGUGUCAGGAAGUGGGCAGGGGGCUACCUGGACUUUUCUGAGUCUCUUCUGCUUUGAGGGAGAGCCUUCUGUGGUACCUUGGACAGUUCCAUGCAGGCCUCUGGCUGAAGGCUCCAUAAAAGCCUAGGUGUUGUUUCAGCCUCUGCGCUCCAAGGCUGAGUCCUGAAUAAGAGCUGCAGCUCUCUCUCAGUGGCUUGCUCUGUCUUUGGUGGCAGAAACUUCUUCAAUUAAAGCAGCCUAGCUGGCUUUAGCAGUUGUUGAGCAGAGCAGGAGAGAUGAUGGUUUUGCUGGGGCUUCUGAGCUGGAUUCCGAAGAGGGCAGCUUGGCUUCUGUGGCUGGAGAGGUCCUGGCACACUGGGAUCCUUUUGCCCAAGUGCUUUGGGAAGCUGAAGCUGGUACAGAAUGCUACUGCCUAUUAUCUAGAAUGGCAAGACAGGCUCAUAUUUCAUCAACGAAAUGACCUGGCCCAGUUUCAGAGGGUUGGUACUAAUGUACAAAUCCCUGAAUGACUAAGAGCCCAGUACUCAAUGGAGCGUCUUGCCCAGUGUUGACCAGCUUGGGCGUUGGGAGCUGCAGGGGGGGGCGGUUCUGCUAGUGGUCCCGCCGUUGAGGAUGGUCUGAGGGCGGGGGCUUCUUGGUGGCGGCAUCCUGUUUGUGGAAUUUAUUCUCUCUGCAGGUCAAGUUGGCUCCUCCCCUCCCCAACUUUAUUCAGAUGCCAGCAAAGAACAUUUAUGUUCUGGCAGGCCUUUGGGACAGGAUGCCUGCAGCACUUCGGAUUGUGAUAGGCUGCUUAAUGGCAUUUUUAUGGCUGUAUUUUUAGUCUGUGCUUUCAGGAGUCAUUUAUUGCUAUAUUUUAUACAUUGGUAGCUACUCUGGGCUCUACAUGAGGAGCAGCGAGAUAAGGAAUGAAGGGGAAUAUGUAUGUAUAUAAAUCAGCCCAGAAAAAAUGACAGCGGAAGUGGAGGAAAGUGUAAAAGAGAGCAAAUCGGGUGGGCGUCUUGGUAUAUUCGAAUGGGCCAUUGUUUUCUGUGAUUGGCAGAGGUUACUGCCAGCAGGGUCAGGGCACAAGGGGACCGAACCUGAAGGCUUGGUGGGAAAGGGGAGGGGCAUAGAGGUAUAAAGGGGGAGCAUUGCAAGCCCAAGAGGGCAGCAAGGGGAAAGGGAAAUUGGGUGGCUGAAGGCAUUGGAGAAAAGCACACAGUUCGGAAGUCAAAAAGCAUUAGGAGUGGAUUCUACAGAAGCCAUCAUGGCCUCUAAAUAAUGGACAGGUGGUCACUGUAUGCACCUUGACCUGAAGUAGCAGCUCUAGCUGGACUGGGGGCAAAGAAAGUCCUUCUUCACAAAGCACAUACUGAACCUGUGGAACUCUCUCCCACAGGAGCUAAUCAUGGCCACCAAAAUAGAUGGCUUUUAAAGAGGAUUUGGACAAAUUCAUGGAGGAGAGGGCUAUCGAUGGCUACUAGCCAGGAUGGCUAUGGUCUGCCUCCACAGUCGGAGGCCACAAUGCUUCUAAAUACCUGUUGCUGGAAACCGCAGGAGGGGAGAGGGGUCUUGUGCUCGAAUCCUGCUUGUGGAGUUCCCAAAGGCAUUUGGUCAGCCACUGUGAGAAGCAGGAUGCUGGCCUAGAUGGGCCAUUGGCCAGACCCAGCAGGUGCUCUUCUUAUUUUCUUAUGAAACAUGCAGUGCCAGGUGCAAGAGACCACGUGGAAGGCGCUGCUUGGCUGCUCUUGGAAAAAAAUGCCUCCUUGAUGCUCAUUCCUUUGGCUUUCAGGUGGUGCUGUGGGUUAAACCACAGAGCCUAGGACUUGCCGAUCAGAAGGUCGGUGGUUCGAAUCCCAGCAAUGGGGUGAGCUCCCAUUGCUCAGCCCCUACUCCUGGCAACCUAGCAGUUCGAAAGCACGUCAAAGUGCAAGUAGAUAAAUAGGUACUGCUCCGACGGGAAGGUAAACAGUGUUUCCGUGCGCUGCUCUGGUUCGCCAGAAGCGGCUUAGUCAUGCUGGCCACAUGACCUGGAAAAACUGUCUGCGGACAAACGCUGGCUCCCUCAGCCUAUAAAGCGAAAUGAGCGCUGCAAUCCCAGAGUCGUCCACGACUGGACCUAAUGGUCAGGGGUCCCUUUACCUUUAAGUGAUGGGUGCUGUGCUGGUGCUGGAGGAGACUCUUGAGAGUCCCAUGGACUGCAAGAAGAUCAAACCUAUCCAGUCUUAAGGAAAUCAGCCCUGAGUGCUCACUGGAAGGACAGAUCCUGAAGCUGAGGCUCCAAUACUUUGGCCACCUCAUGAGAAGAGAAGACUCCCUGAUGUUGAGAAAGAUGGAGGGCACAAGGAGAAGGGGACGACAGAGGAUGAGAUGGUUGGACAGUGUUCUCGAAGCUACCAGCAUGAGUUUGACCAAACUGUGGGAGGCAGUGGAAGACAGGAGUGCCUGGCGUGCUCUGGUCCAGGGGGUCACGAAGAGUCGGACACGACUAAACGACUAAACAACAACAAAGUGAUGGAACUCCAGCCAGAACCAAGAACACCACACUUACCACCCCAAUAACAAACUAGAGACAAGAUAAGGUUUCUGUGCUAGGAGGACAGCAGGUAAUUAAACCUCCAACCCGAGAGCUAAUAGGCAAAAAGAUGAGCUGUAAUUGGAGAGCCUUUAAAGAGAGUUGUUUUUCCCCCCUCCCCUUACUGUUAUCUAAAGUGCAGGAGGACAUCAGAGGAAAGGAGGCGGGAGCGGGUUGCCCCUUAUAGGACUGGGGUCAAACUGCUAAUGCAACCAGGGGGGCAGGAAUGAAGAAUGGGAACUUGGCUAGCAGGGGAAAGGCUAACUAACACCGUCCCUCCCUUGUACAAAUCUUCGUUGGGUGUUGUGUUUUUUUUUAAAAAGAUACAGUAGGUUGGAUGGCCACCUGUCAAGGAUUCUUUAUUGGGAUUCAUGCAUUGCGAGGGGUUGGACUAGAUGACCUUUGGGGGUCCCUUGCCACUCCACAAUUCUAUGAUUCAGCCUCCCAAUGACCCACUUUUCAUUAAAGCAGCAGCCAGUAACCCCCCCCCAUGCAUUUGUAUGCCACGUGCAGUUUGCCACCCCUUGGGACCUUGGCUGGGAGUGGGGGAAAGCCCCCACCCCAGGGUGCCUGGAUCCGGCUCUCCAUCCCCUUGGAAUAGAAAAAAGGUGGUAGGAAAAAAGGAGCAGCACCCCCUCCCUCUGCUGGCACCCUCGUUCCCCUCUGUGUGGCUUUUCUUGUCUUCCCCGCAGCUGCGGGGAUUUCUGACAGACUCUUUGCACCGCGGCGCUGAUUGUACCGGACAGGUUUUAGCUUCAGAAUAUAAAACCUUUUUCAAAACCAUAACCUCAGCUAAGGGGAAAGAGGAGGGGAAAGGAUGAAAAGAGCUGAUUUCAGCAGCUGCAGUUUGCUGUAUUUUUUCAUCUUGCAUCAGCAAAUCAGGACCACAAAUAAUCUGGUCUUAACAUGCUUCACUGAGUGCUGCCUCGGAAGAAUUUUCCAUCUUCUACAAAGGCUGUGUUUCCACCGUCUCCAGAGGCAAGGAGGGACCUUCAUUUUUCAUUGGGGUUCUUCCUUCAAUUCAGACUCUCUUCUCCUCACCCUCCAACGGAAAACCUCGAAAGAGGAGAAGAUGCUCAUUAAAUGACCUGACUCUGAGAGAAUCCGUGUUCCAAGUGGGACGCUUGCUUUUUAUUUUUUUUUAUUUUUACCUGGACCCAAAGAGCUUCACACCCUCUGCAGCAAUGGGCAAAAUGUCAUUUGGUAAUACAGUAGAUGCAUCUCUGGAUAAAAACCAACAACCAGAGCAGUUCGGCCUUCUCAUUACACUACAUAAUGAGAAGGGCUUGGAGCAGCUGUUCACAGGUCCAGGUUUUAGCCAGAGAAUAGGCAGGGCAGGAGAGGAAUCAGAAUUGCCUAUUAAUCUGUGGAAAGGAGGGGUUCAGAAAUGCUUCUUAGGGAAAGAGCCAUAUAUUUGUGGUGUUAUGCUCAUCAUCUGGAGUUCUGUAGCUCAACAGUCAGUUCUCAUUGUGGGAGUUGAGCCCAAUGUGACUGGCCAGAUUUUCUAGCAUGUCUAGCAAUGCAAUGUAAUUCUUUCCCUGUUAUGUUUUCUCAUGUAUAACAAAGGUUGGGGGUUUCAUCCUGUUGUAAGGCUUCCCCCACCUUUACCGCUUGUUGUCAGGGAUGCGGGUGGCGCUGUGGGUUAAACCACAGAGCCUAGGACUUGCUGAUCAGAAGGUUGGUGGUUUGAAUCUCCGUGACGGGGUGAGCUCCCGUUGCUUGGUCCCUGCUCCUGCCAACCUAGCAGUUUGAAAGCACCUCAAAGUGCAAGUAGAUAAAUAGGUACCGCUCCAGCAGGAAGGUAUACGGCAUUUCCGUGCGCUGCUCUGGUUCGCCAGAAGCGGCUUAGUCAUGCUGGCCACAUGACCCGGAAGCUGUACGCCGGCUCCCUCUGCCAAUAAAGCGAGAUGAGCGCCGAAACCCCAAAGUUGGCCACAACUGGACCUAAUGGUCAGGGGUCCCUUUACCUUUACCUAAAAUGGUUAUCUGGAUCAAUAAACCAUGGCAGGUAACACCUGUUCACGUGCCACAGGGAUCCAUGGUUAAUGGCUUACCUUGGAUGCUUUGCUCUCAUGGGAAAACAAAGCUUGAACUUAGGCUUAGCAUUAUGUUGGAACUGUAAGUCAUAGAAAUGACACACCCACACACCCACAACCAUUUCUCUCAUGAUAGAAUGACAUUCAGCUGACUCACCCUUCACACAGGACCACAACCUCCCCUGUAAUUAUAUAAAUAAGAAUACUGUCCAUGUAGUUAGAUGGGGAAAUGUCAGCUUUCCUUGGUCCCCAUUAGGGAGGAAUGGAGGGGAGGGGCUGUGCCGAAUGGAAAGUGCCCCACAAGGGGGAGGUGACCCUGAGCCUCCCUCUGAUUGGACAUGUUCUCAUGACAUUCAUUUAUACCUCCCCCUGACCUGAGCUUUCUUCUUCAAGGGUGUGGGAACAUGUUCAUCCCUGCAAGCAUACUGUUGUGGGGUUGGGUUUUUUUUGGGGGGGGUGAAGGUCAGUCAGGAUGAUGCCUAAGUUUAGACCCUCCAAUUCUUGGGGGCAGCAAGGGUCAGAAUCUAAUAAAGGAUUCUGUUAUUGAAAUAGAUAAGUUUCUUGAUAUGACAAAGACCUUAGGCUGGCCAGUUAAGGGUCCUCAUCAGCAUCCCAAAAGAGUGAGCCAGGUUGCAAGAGCUACAACUAAGUGAUGGGACCCUUCAAAGCUAAGGGAUGGGUCGUGCCUCACCUAGCUGCUAGGCAGGAGAACAAAUAGCCAGAGUAGUUUGUGGGAGCUGAGCUUUUGGACGCAGGCUAGAAUCAGGAUACACAGAGACCUGCUUGCUCUGUGCUGGAGCCAAAGCUGUGAUUAAUGGAGAAGAAAGAUCUGCUGGGUAUGUCGGUGUAAAUAAAACCACAUACCCUAAAGAUGCAACAGGCUCCACUGACCUUCAUUCCAGGGAAUCUGAACCCUGGCUAAGCAUGCAGGAGCCCUGGAGUCUCUCAUCGCUCAGAGACGGGGGUAGCAUGGAACAAUACAUCUAGGGGAAUUGAGGCUCUUCGAUUAGCUCUGAAAGUGAAAUAAGGCUGGUGACUUUUUGUUAGGGAAUCAUUGAUCUCAGCUGGCUGAUAUUCAGCUCCAAGGCUUGCUGGGGUCGUGCUUUGAUUCGGGAAUGUAUGAAUGGAAAGAUAAUAAAAUGGAAAACUGCCUCCUUCUCCCCAUCCCCAGCUGUGUCGUCCCCCCCAAUCGAAGGAGCUUCUGACGAUGGUGAAGAUGUGAGAGACCGUCUCUCUCUCUCUCUCUGAGCCCCAGCCCAUUCCGGGGAAAGCCGAAAGAAGCCUUUUCAGUUCUGCGGCUCCCUUUGCUCAAGGCUAACCACCAUCUUAACACAAUAAUAAGUCAAUCCUCACUGAAUAAUUAAACAGAGAACUUUCAUAAGUAUUGACUUAACGUGACAGCAAGUCUAUAUCGACUCGGGGCUUGCUUAUGUAAACACAAUCCUGUGUUCGGCUUAGUUAGCAGUUCAAUGGGAGAGAACAUUCCUUCAAUUAAAAUCAAAUGAUGCAUGCCCUUCAUUCUUCCCUUCCCUCGCUAGGUAAUCAUGGCCUCUGAGCACAGGUGAGGGGAUGCCAUGGGGAGGGGGCUCCUCUUCAAGUGCAUUUAACCGCUGUGAAUUAAAAAGAAAACAUGGGCUGUUAAGAGGAAACAACAUCACACUGGCAAAUACGCAGGUGGGAUUUGAAAAGGAAGUUUUGCUAGUGGAACAUAAGCCUUUGAGCACAAUCCCCCUGGUGGGUGCAUUGAAAUGCACCAGAGUGAUGGAAGAUGCUGUCAGGGACCUCCCAUUCACUUCAACAAGUCUCACCAUGCAAGGAGAUGUUGUCUGUGGCUGGCUGGCUGCUGGUUUCUCUGACCCAGCCCUGGCUGGCCUCCUAAGUCAGAUGUUGUUGUUGUUGUUUAGUCAUUUAGUCGUGUCCGACUCUUCAUGACCCCAUGGACCAGAGCACGGCAGGCGCUCCUGUCUUCCACUGCCUCCCACAGUUUGGUCAAACUCAUGCUGGUAGCUUUGAGAACACUGUCCAAACAGCUCGUCCUCUGUCGUCCCCUUCUGCUUGUGCCCUCCAUCUUUCCCAACAUCAGGGUCUUUUCCAGGGAGUCUUCUCUUCUCAUGAGAUAGCCAAAGUUUUGGAGCCUCAGCUUCAGGAUCUGUCCUUCCAGUGAGCACUCAGGGCUGAUUUCCUUCAGACUGGAUAGGUUUGAUCUUCUUGCAGUCCAUGGGACUCUCAAGAGUCUCCUCCAGCACCAUAAUUCAGAAGCAUCAAUUCUUUGGCGAUCAGCCUUCUUUAUGGUCCAGCUCUCACUUCCAUACAUCACUACUGGGAAAACCAUAGCUUUAACUAUACGGACCUUUGUUGGCAAGGUGGUGUCUCUGCUUUUUAAGAUGCUGUCUAGGUUUGUCAUUGCUUUUCUCCCAAGAAGCAGGCGUCUUUAAUUUUGUGGCUGCUGUCACCAUUUGCAGUGAUCAUGGAGCCCAAGAAAGUAAUUGAGAUAGACACCCACAAAUCUCCACCUGCACUCUAUGGCCCCACUGCAGUCUGAUCCAGCACAGGUGGUCAUGUUUUUAAAAGAUAAACACAUCUACCUGUGCUGGACUAGACCAAGAUUGGUCCAUAGAGUGCAGCCUGGUUCAGCUUUGUAGCCUCCACCUCUAUUAGAUUAUCACUCCCAUCAGCCUGCGGUCCACAAUACCCAGAGGGCACCGGGCUGGGGAACGUGAAUCUGGAACCACAUACGCUUUGUGUUUGCUGCUGCAGGCACACACUUCCAAAAGAUGCAGGCGAAUCCAAAGUUUCAGGGGACCACAGGGGAAUUAGGCUUCCAGAAGACAGAUGAGCAAAAAAGCCAAAGAGCUAGAACUAUAGUCUAAGGGACUUGGAUGCAGCUUACUACAAGGAUAGACAGACAAAAUAGGUACCGUGUCUUUCAAAGGUCAGGGCAUUAAGAGAGACACUGUAGUGAACAGAGGGCUACACAGAUGACAUCUCUGGGAAAGGUUACACUUCUUCAUGGCCUACAUUCCCCAAAGGAAAGGCUUCUUCUUAGCAAGAUAUAGAACAAGAUGACUAGAAAGGAGCUUUGUUGGCAGGAGCUUUUUGUGGAGGAAGGAAGCAAAAGACCAAAGCAAUUGUGCCAGUUCAGCAGAGUGUGUCUCUCUCUCUCUCUCUCUCUCUCUCUCUCUCUCUCUCUCUCAGUUUUGGAAGCUCCCAAAACAUCCGUUUGAACAGUUGGCUCAAUUACCUUCCUCUGUAUAAAAUAAGAAACUCACUUAAUGUUCCUUGUAGAUUUUAUAGUUGUUUUUUAUGGGCUGCCAUUCUCAAUUCUAUUUGCCAUUUGUGACGGAAAGAAAUCUGCAUGUGUGGUUCAUGGACUUGCAUGAGAACAGUCCAGAUGAUCUCACCUAAAGGUGUGCAUUUUGAUGCAUACAUUUUGAGUGUGUGCGUUUUAACACAUGCAUGCAUAUAUAAUUUUAUUUGUAUGCCACCUUUCCAUACUUUAAACUAGGCAUGGCCAAACUUGGCCCUCCAGGUGUUUUGGGACUACAACUCCCAUCAUCCCUAGCUAACCGGACCAGUGGUCAGGGAUGUUGGGAACUGUAGUCUCAGAAACAUAUGGAGGGCCAAGUUUGGCCAUGCCUGGUUUAAACCACGUUCAAGGUGGCUUACAACAUGGAAAAGUGCAUAAUUACAACGUAACAAAGUAGUCAUAAACAAUCAAACAUCAAAAAAUACACAACCAGUUUGAACAAUUCCCACAUAAAUCACAGUAAGGUCUAAAAUAAAGAUACAAAAAUUAAUAUCAAUUAAUUAACAACUACAGUGGUACCUCAGGUUAAGAACUUAAUUCGUUCUGGAGGUCUGUUCUUAACCUGAAGCUGUUCCUAACCUGAAGCACCACUUUAGCUAAUGGGGCCUCCUGCGCAAUUUCUGUUCUCAUCCUGAAGCAAAGUUCUUAACCUGAGGUAAUAUUUCUGGGUUAGUGGAGUCUGUAACCUGAAGCAUCUGUAACCUGAGGUACCACUGUACACAGAACCUUAAGACCAGGGCUACUCCAAAUGUUGGUCUCCACUGAGCCAAUACUUCUGGAAGAUAGAAUCUCUCCAAGUCAACCUGCAGUUUCCUUAGCCCAAAUUUGCCAAAUGAAAGCCAUUCUGUAAUUGUCCUCUCCUUCCAGACACCUAGCUCCCCUCAUCCCUUUACUUCUGGGGACUCUGCAGAUACUUGCAGGUCUUGGAGAAGCAUAAGAACUCUUAAGCAUAAGGACAUAAGGAGAGCCUGCUGGAUCAGGCCAGUGGCCCAUCUAGUCCAGCAUCCUGUUCUCACAGUGGCCGACCAGAUGCCUCUUCUGGGAAACCUGCAAUCAGGAUUCAUGCACAAGAGCCCUCUCCCCUGAAGUUGAAGCUUUGGUGUGGCCACCCUGGCUAGUGGCCUGGCUCCAUUAAUUUUUGUCUAACCUCGCUUAAAGCCAUCUAGGUUGGUGACCAUCACUGCCUCCUGUGGGAGGGAGUUUCAGAGUUUAAUGACAUGCUGUGUGAAGGACUUUUUCACCUGUCCUGAAUGUUCUGACACUCGGCUUCAGUGGAUGUCCACAAGCCAUUUACUCCUCCAAUUAUGGUUAGGUGUUAAGUGGUAAAUAGCCAGCACUGUGAUCCCCAGUAUUACUGAUUGAUUGAUUUCAUUGAUGGCCACCUUUUUCUCUGAAGAGCUCUAAGUGGCAUACAUGGUCCUCUCCAUCCCUCAUUUAAUGCACCUGCUGCUUAUUUCUCCAGAUCUCCUCCCCCUUGACACCUCCACUUUAGACUUGCUCUUCCAUUAUUUGAUUGCAAUACCUAGCUCAUUAUUUUUACUGUGCACUUGCACAUCUGCAUAUCAGCGCAUGCACACAGCACUUCAAAUCCAGGCAUGCUUUGAAAUACAGGCCUGGGCUGGUUUUACAAGAGCUGGACCAGUGGUGUAAGGGAUAAGGCAUCUGACUAUGGACAAGGAGAUUGUAGCUUCAACUGCUGUGUGGCUCCAUGGUUGAGAGCCAGUGUUGUGUAGUGGUUGGAGAGACCAGGAUUCUGAUGUCCCCAUUCAGCCAUGAGGCCCACUGGGUGGCCUUGGGCCAGUCAGUGCCUCUCAGCCUAGCCUACUUCACAGGGUUGUCUGGGGGAUAAAAUGUGGAGGGAGAGAAGAAGAGAAGAAGAAGAGUUUGGAUUUGAUAUCCCACUUUAUCACUACCCUAAGGAGUUAAACCACAGAGCCUAGGGCUUGCUGAUCAGAAGGUUAGCAGUUUGAAUCCCUGCUACGGGGUGAGCUCCCGUUGCUGGGCUCUGCUCCUGCCAACCUAGCAGUUCGAAAGCACAUCAAAGUGCAAGUAGAUAAAUAGGUACCGCUCCGGCGGGAAGGUAAACGGCAUUUCAAUGCGCUGCUCUGGUUUGCCAGAAGUGGCUUAGUUAUGCUGGCCACAUGACCCGGAAGCUUUACGCCGGCUCCCUCGGCCAAUAAAGCGAGAUGAGCGCCACAACUCCAGAGUCGGUCACAACUGGGCCUAAUUGUCAGGGGUCCCUUUACCUUUAAGGAGUCUCAAAGCAGUUAACAUUCUCUUUUCCCUUCCUCCCCCACAACAAACACUCUGUGAGGUGAGUGAGGCUGAGAGACUUCAGAGAUGUGUGACUAGCCCAAGGUCACCCAGCAGCUGCAUGUGGAGGAGCGGAGACGUGAACCCGGUUCACCAGAUUACGAGACUACCGCUCUGAACCACUACACCACACUGGCUCCAUGUGGGCCAUCUUCAGCUUCUUGGCAAAGAAGGUGGGACAGAAAUGCAAUAAAUAAAUAAAAAUAAAUGCCAUGCGAAGCUCAGGGGGUUCUGCAGUUUAGGCCAGUGCUUGAUCAUGGCCCUGUCCCAUGACAGAGGCCCAGGGAUCCAGCCACUUUGAGCGAUGUGUGCUCUUUGUUUGCCAAAGAGACAUUCUCAGCGAGUCCCGGCCAAGUCAAAUGGUUCCAGAAGGAAAGUACAUUCAUGUAAUGAGUUCAUCAAAGAGGAACAACUGGGAGAUUUAAUUUUGAAAUGGAGCCUUUGGAAGGCAGCCUGCGUUUUUCAUCUGUUUUUCUUUAUACCUUUCUCAAAAGUAUUUCAGGAAAGGAACCCAACCAAGUUCUUGGACUCUUCUCCUGGCCUCCUGGCCUCCCUUCAGCAUUAAUCCCGUUUUCCAGAACCUCAGCCAGGUCCCCCUUCAGCUUUGAAGCCUGGACAGGACCACCUGCCUGCCCCAGGAGUGCUUCAGUGGCAGCUUGGCUUGACUUCUCCAUGCCACCACACCCAGGAACUUGGCCCAGGGCUCCCGGCCGAGGCACUUGAAAGACGGAAACCUGAGAAGACCUGGAAUGGCUCCAGGAAGGUUUAUUCCUGGCAGUUAAAAUCUCAUCCAAUAACUGUGAAUUCAUUGUGCCUAAUGGAAAGAGCGACAUCUGGCUUGGAUAUUACGGAAAGAUUACCAGCUGGCCUGUCAUGUAUUGUGCAAAGAAUAACAUUUGCCUUGGAGGAUGCUACAAGCCAGGAGCAGGACCCGGUGGGGGUGGGGGUGUGACAAAUUUCUCUCCUUGUUGGCCAUGAGCUUGUGAUGCUUCCUGGGGCAAGUGAUGCGACCGACUCUGAUCCUGGGAUCAGGGACGCAGCAGAAACUGAGCAUUGAGAUACCCACCUAGGAAAUAAAUCUGUGAAAAUGCAACAUGUACUAUUUCUCCAGAUUUACACCUGAGGGUUGAUUGAUUGAUUGAUUGAUUGAUUGUACCCCACCUUUUCCCUUGACACAGACCUCAAGGCUUCUUAUAGAUCAAAAUAGGUAAAGGUAAAGGGACCCCUGACCAUUAGGUCCAGUCGUGACCGACUCUGGGGUUGCGGCGCUCAUCUCGCUUUAUUGGCCGAGGGAGCCGGCAUACAGCUUCCGGGUCAUGUGGCCAGCAUGACUAAGCCGCUUCUGGCGAACCAGAGCAGCACAUGGAAACGCCAUUUACCUUCCUGCCAGAGUGGUACCUAUUUAUCUACUUGCACUUUGACGUGCUUUUGAACUGCUAGAUUGCCAGGAGCUGGGACUGAGCAACUGGAGCUUACCCCGCUGUGGGGAUUCAAACUGCUGACCUUCUGAUCAGUUAGUCCUAGGCUCUGUGGUUUAACCCACAGUGCCACCCGCAUCCCUCUGCACACUCUUGGGUGGCUGCUUGGCUGAUCAAGCAACUACAAUGGUACCUCGGGUUACAGACGCUUCAGGUUACAUACGCUUCAGGAUACAGACUCCUCUAACCCAGAAAUAGUACCUCAGGUUAAGAACUUUGCUUCAGGAUGAGAACAGAAAUCGUGCUCCGGUGGCCCCAUUAGCUAAAGUGGUGCUUCAGGUUAAGUACAGUUUCAGGUUAAAAACGGACCUCCAGAACGAAUUAAGUACUUAACCCGAGGUACCACUGUAUUUUUAAUCUUUGUUGGAAGCUGCCUAGAGUGGCUGGGGAGGCCUAGCCAGAUGGGCAGGGUACAAAUAAUAAAUUAUUAUUAUAGUAUUAUUAUUAUUAUUAUUAUUAUUAUUAUUAUUAAUGAACUUCCUGAUGGUAAGAGCUGUUCUGCAGUGGACUCACUCGCAAGACGGUGACCUCUUCUUCGUUGGAGGUUUUUAAAGAUAGGUUGGCUGGCCAUCUGUCAGGGAUUCCUUAGCUGUGUUUCCUGCACCACAGGGGGUUGGGCUAGAUGGCCUCUGGGGUCCCCUCCAAACCUUGCAGUUCUAUGAUUCAGUUCUGUGAUUCUAUGCAGCGAACGAGAUGCCACAACGCUGCAAAGCCAAUUCAAUUUGGCCGCGUGAAGAUGUCACUGAGGGUUAACUGGAGAGAAAAGACAGCCAGUUGUCAACGAAGGAAGUGCAUAAUUUCACAAGAAGGACGUGGGGACCAAAUGCUAAGAGUGGCUUUUUUUCUUUUUUUGCACUGCCAGAAAAAUUUAUGAAAAGCUGUGAGUCAUUUCAGCCCCGCUCUAGUUUCUGUGCUUCCCUGGGUGAUGGUCUUCACGCCUCCGUGGUCAUCUCGGACAUAGAUCUUCCUGGCAGCUUUCUCUGCCUUCUCUCGCUCACGGUGUGAGGUCCAGGAAGAGCCACAAAAGGGUUGCGAAUAUGACUUGUGACAUGAUGACCACCUCCUGCAGCCGUCCAGACCCUUGACUGCCUUUAUUCUUUAUUCUAUUUUAUUGAUUUGCGGACUACAGCCAAAAGUGCAAACGUAACAAAAAGGGCAAAAAGAGAGAGUCAGAAAUGUAAACCGUAAAGCCUGGAAGGGCAAAAGUACAAAGAUAAUAAAAUCAUAGAAAUGUAGAGAUGGAAAGGGACCCAAAGAGUCAUCUAAUUUGAACCUUGCGAAGCAGGAAUCUUAGUUAAAGAUGCAACAUAGCUCCAAAGGGAUAAUAAAGUAUUAACUCACAAAAACAUUCCUUUUUAAAAAACAAAAAGAUUCAUAAAAAUAAAAGUAUUCUUCAUCUGUGAGUUCCAUCAUUACUGAGAAUAAAAGGUGGAAUCUACACACAUAUAACAAAACACUGUGAACAUGCUUUUUUUCUAAAAAAAGGUUUUGAAAAAUGUAUUCAAGUUUGCAUAGCUCACUAUCGCCACCUAGUGUCACAUUUGUACAUUGCGCUUUACAACAAAUUUUAAAUGUUUUAUUUGCAGCUGUAUAGAUGUGUCCAAAGUUUUGUAUAUGCUUAAAUGAGUCAGACAUUUGCUGGUGGCACUGAGUGACCAUAUGCCUCCAUAUUUGUAUAAGAAAUAAAAUCAUGCCAUAUGAACGAACUUUCUUAUGGUAAGAGCUGUUCGAAAGUGGAAUGGACUCCCUUGGAAGGUGGUGAACUCUCCUUCAUUUCAGGUUUUUAAUCAGUGGUUGGACAUCUGUCAGGGAUGCUUAUCUCUGAUUCCUGCAUUGCAGGGAAUAGGGCUAGACAAUAUUUGGAGUCCCCUUCAAAUCUGCAAUUCUAUAAUUCUAUUAUAUAUAGGGGGGGAAAAGGCCAGUCGAACCCUGCCCUUUAGAUAUUUUGUUUAUGAGAUACCUUUUCAAGAAGGACCAUUUGCAAAUCCUUGAAUACCAGCAAUCCAAAUUACAGUGGUGCCUUGGUUCUCAAACGCCUUGGUACUCAAACAACUUGGAACCCAAACACUGCAAACCCGGAAGUAAGUGUUCUGGUUUGCGAACCUUUCUCAGGAGCCAAACGUGCCCCGUUUUGAGUGUUACGCUGAGGUCUGUCUGUUUUUGCUGCUAUUUUGCCUUUUCGUUUUUGCGGCUCUUUUGUUUUUGUGACUGUGUGGAACCCAGUUCUGCUACUGACUGGUUGAUUGUGUGACUGCAGUAUGUUGUUUAUUGCUUUCAUUUUAUGGAUCAGUGGUCUUGUUAGAUCAUGGGUAGGCAAACUAAGGCUCGGGGGCUGGAUCCGGCCCAAUCGCCUUCUAAAUCCGUCCCGCGGAUGGUCCAGGAAUCAGCAUGUUUUUACAUGAGUAGAAUGUGUGCUUUUAUUUAAAAUGCAUCUCUGGGUUAUUUGUGGGGCCUGUCUGGUGUUUUUACAUAAGUAGAAUGUGUGCUAUUAUUUAAAAUGCAUCUCUGGGUUAUUUGUGGGGCAUAGGAAUUCGUUCAUUUCCCCCCCCCAAAAUACAGUCCGGCCCCCCACAAGGUCUGAGGGACAGUGUACUGGCCCCCUGCUGGAUAAGUUUGCUGCAUUAGAUAGUAAAAUUGACCCCUGCAUUAGAUAGUAAAACUCAUGUUAAAUGGCUCUUUUAGGGGUUGUUUUUAAAAGUCUGGAACGGAUUAAUCCAUUUUACGUUACUUUCUAUGGCUUUGGAACGGACUUCCGGAACGGAUUAAGUUUGACAACCAAGGUACCAUGGCACUAAGAUUAAAGGUCUUCCAGGAUUUGGCAAUACCAUGCUUCCCUUCAUCUCCUCUCUCUUCCCUUCACCCUGACUCUCAUAAACAACUUGCUACUUCUUGAGCAGGGCAGUAUUUUAACUUUCCUUCCCCUUUCCUCCCUUGUCUUUGUCACCAGGUCAAGACUGGCAGAUUUCCACACGAAUUGCCAAGCCUCUUUCCAGUCACUGACCAGCUGCCCUGGGGACAAUUACCAGGCUUGUCUUGGUUCCUACGCAGGCCUAAUAGGUGAGUAGUAUUAAUGGGCUCAUCCACACUGAAGCCAAUGCUGUGUUGAAACUGCUUGUUGUGUCUUGUAUUUUUAUUUUUUGGCAGUGUCCACAUGACAUCCCUUUUGUGAUACAUAGAUAGCAGUCAAGUACAACAUUCCUAGUUUUCCUAGAGUGGACAUGAAAGGGGAUGUUUGGUUCAGCCAGUUGGAACUUCCUGUUUCCUCCUGGGCUGGGACAAACUUCCUUUAGCAUGUGACUAGAGGUGGGCGUGACCUUACCUGUGCAGGUAACAAAAGCAUAGGGCAUGCAGCCCCCCUUCUUUCUUCUCUUUGCCUUCUCCGUCGCAAGACCAGCAGUUUUUUUAGCUAGAAAUGCUCUGUUGGCUUUUAGCCAACAAAGAGACUAUCUCCAUAUGGGAUAGUUCCACAUGUAUAUACUCUGUAACUAAGUUUGCCUUCAGGGAUCCAUCUGUGAACUGAAUGUGUGAGUAAACUUCUUUUAUAUAGUUUACACAAGGUUGUGUCAUGUCUAUUCUUUUAAAGAGGAAUAUAAGGGAAAUUACCAGGAAUCUUAUAUUGAGAAGCUUAAACAAGCUUGCAACAAGCUAACCGCUGUGUGUUUAAAAGGGGAAUGUAAAACUCUGCUAAGUUACAGAACUUGCUAGUGCAAGUUAGGAAGGAUAUUAUUAAACAAUAUAUCCUCUCCUGCCUCCCUGAACAUUCCCACACCUUCCAAGUCUACAGCUGGAUUCCUCAUUAAAAUAGUGGUUUGUACUCUCCCCACCCCACCCCACCCCCAAAAUCAGAUUUUACUCAGCCAUGUAUAAUCUGAUACGGGAAGACAAUCCAAUAUAGAAUUGCAUGUUACCCCGUUGUGAAUUUUGUCACUUGAGGCAAAACAGAAAGGCUUCCAUCCACCUCCCUCCUCUGCUCCUACCUGAGGCUAUCAAGUCACAGCUUGUGCAGCAGAACAACAUUAGGAAUGUAGGUUCAUGGACCUUUCUUAUCCCAAUUAGCUGCACACAGCAGCUGACCUCUUUCUGCCCCUCUUGCAAUGAAAAGACCAUCUGAUGGGAUGUGAUAGCCAUCUUCAAAUAUCUCAAGGCUUGUCACAUGGAAGAUGGAGCAAACUUGUUUUCUCCUGCUCUGGAGGGUAGGACACGAACUGAUGGAUUCAAGUUACAAGAAGGGAGAUUUUGACUGAUCCUCAGGAAGAACUUUCUGACAGUAGGAGCUGCUUACCAGUGGAAUGGAUUCCAUCAGGAGAUGGUGGAAUCUUCUUCAUUGGGCAUUUUAAAGCAAAGCCUGGAUGGCCAUCUGUUGAGGAUGCUUUAGUUGAGGUUCCUGCAUUGCAGGGGGUUGGACUAGAUGACUCUUGGGGUCCCUUCCAGCUCCACGAUUCUAUGUUAAGUAAGUUUAAGAUGCUCUGCUUGCAGAUGCAAGGUCUCAGUCAUGCAUUUUUCCAUGCAGGGAUAAUACCGGCAAAAUAGUCUUGGGUAGAAAAUACAGCCAGAGUCAGACAAGUGGUCUAAGUGUAGAGGUAGCUUAAGCACAUGGCAGAAAGGAGGAGGAAACAGUCUUUGUUUCCUCUUUGGAGAGGAGGAGCAUGACUUAACUGAGUCUAUCUAGCAAUACAAUAUAGUCCUUAACCCCUUCAUGUACUAACUAGGAGUCGUGUGUAGUUCUGUUUGACUGCAAUCUCCCACAAUAUCAUGGGGCAGCCCAGAGCUGGGUCUGUGAGAUACACAAUGAUGCUUAAAUUGAACACUGGGGGUCCAGUACCUGAUGUGUGCUGGACAAAUGGAGCAGGGUUUUGAGAAAGGAAUUACAAAGACGGUGGCAUUUGCCCAUCCCUCUGUGUUGGGGGGGACACGGAUGGCGCUGUGCGUUAAACCACUGAGCCUAGGGCUUGCCGAUCAGAAGGUCGGCAGUUCAAAUCCCCGCAGUGGGGUGAGCUCCCGUUGCUCGGUCCCUGCUCCUGCCAACCUAGCAUUUCGAAAGCACGUCAAAGUGCAAGCAGAUAAAUAGGUACCAUUCUGACGGGAAGGUAAACAGCAUUUCCGUGUGCUGCUCUGGUUCACCAGAAGUGGCUUAGUCAUUCUGGCCACAUGACCCUGAAGCUGUACGUCGGCUCCCUCGGCCAAUAAAGCAAGAUGAGCGCCGCAAUCCCAGAGUCAGCCACGACUGGACCUAAUGGUGAGGGGUCCCUUAACCUUUACCUGUGUGCUUUACCCUCUCCCUUCUUGGACAGGGUUGGACAUGACACCCAACUAUGUCGACUCCAGCACUGCCAACCUCGUUGUGUCCCCGUCGUGCUCCUGCCGGGGCAGUGGCAACAUGGAGGAAGAGUGUGAGAAGUUCCUGAAGGACUUCAUGGAAAACCCCUGCCUGCGUAAGUCAUUCUGUGGUCCCCAGAGUAGAAGUUGGCCAGAGGGAGGUUAGGGCUGUUCUCAAACACCGUGGAGCCUCGUGUGUGUGUGUGUGUGUGUGUGUGUGCGUGAGAGAGCGAGAGAGAGCGCCACAUGUAAUGGUGGAGAGGGCUAUUGAUGGCUACUAACCAUAAUGUGAUCAGGCCAAUGGCCCAUCGAGUCCACUGUGAGAGCAGGAUGCUGGACUUGAUGGGCCAUUGGCCUGAUCACGUUAUGGUUAGUAGUCAUCAAUAGCCCUCUCCACCAUUACAUACCAUGUGCCACUUUUGAGAAACUCGCAAGCAGGAUCUGAGCACAAGAGUUUCCAGCAACUGGAAUUCAGAAGCCUUGCAGCUUCCAACUGUGGAGGCAGAGCUUAGCCUUCAUGCCUGGCUAGUAGCCCUCGCUAGCCCCCUCCUCCAUGAAUUUGCCAUCCAGUUGGUUGCUGUUACCGUCUCCUGUGGUUACAGUCAUUAUAUGACAUUCAUGUGGGGCUGCAGGAAGCAAUGGGCAGGUCAGAGAGGGGUGGGUCCCCAACCGGGAAGCCUGAUAGGAAAGGGCAUGGAGGUGAUGUCGAGGAGGAGCUUUCGUUGCUCCUUCAGGAAAGCUGUCUGUUUCCCUCUCCAGGAAAUGCCAUCCAGGCUUUUGGCAAUGGCACGGACCGGCCUCUCCCGCCGAUUCAACACAUCACCUUGCCGCCCAAGAUGGAGACAUCAACAUACGAUGCCAAUGACAGCAACACCAUCUAUGAAACAGGUGUGACCACCACUUCGGCCUCCAUCCAAGUAAGUCCUAUGAGAAGGCAUCCCUGUAUCCCUUCAUGGCGACUCAAGAGCACUGGUUUGCUUAGCAGGUGUGCUGGUCCUGUGGGUAACCCGAGAGGUGAGGUCCAAGUCUGGUCCGAGGUCAAAGGUGCACGUGGAGGCAGUCUGUAGUAGCUGAAGCUGGGUGCAGGGCAAGGAGCCGGGUGAAGUCAGGAACAGGCUUGCAAGCAGGGAGUCAGGGCGGGUCAGGAGCUCAGGCAGGAAAGCAGGACAGGGUUCAGGCAGGAACUAGCAACCAACUAUGUUGCUCCCGCAACUUGGGACUGGGGCUGGCCGGCUUUUAUCUGCCCUGAGGCAUAGGGCGGCCCCGAUCCUCUGGUGACUUGCCUCUCCUGGCCUGGAGGCGAGCACUCCCCCUGCGGGAACUUAGUUCCCGCCGCCUCUCUGCCCUGAGCCUCUGCAGCUCAGGAGAGGCUGGAGGGUUACCGGACCCAGAGGCAACCUCAGCUUCCUCUGACGGGGCUGAGAGUGGAGCACCUGCAGGCAAUGGGUCCUCCAUCACCUCAGGAGCCAGAGCAGGCUCAGCUGAUGCCUGCACCUGAGGACCCAGCACAGGUGAGGACCCUUCUGGCUCAUGCCCCAGCCCCGGCUCAGCUGGUUUUGGAGGUGGGGAAUCCUGUGCAGGCUGGGAUCCCUCAGGUUCAGCAUCCAAGUCCGAAUCCCAGGCCAUCACAGCAGGUCACAGAGUGUGGAGUCUGAAAGGCCCAGCCUUCCUUCCUCAGAAGAUGGGGCAUAUGGCCAGUCCCGCCAACUCAACUUUCCAUUCAUGUUCUUGUUGCUUGUGUAAGUUUUAGCUCCAAAGAGCAGCUGAUGAGGGGGGGUCAGCUCAUGUAGGGUGAUGGGGGGGCAACAAGGAGGCAGAGUAGACACACUCAUGGUCAGUCUGCCUCCGAUGAGGGGUCAUUUGAGCAGCUGAAGGACUUGGAGAUGUUUAACUUGGAGAAGAGAAGACUGAGAGAUGAGAUGACAGCUACCUUCAAAUAUCUAAAGGGCUGCCACAUGGAGCAAGCUUGUUUUCUCCUGCUCAAGAGCCUAGGAGCCAAACCAAUGGAUUCAAAUGACAAGAGGUUCUAACUAAACAUUAGGAAGAGUUUUCUGAGGGUAAGAGCUGUUCAACUGUAGAACUGAUGCCCUCAGAAGGUAGUGGAUUCUCCUUCAAUGGAGGUUUUGUUUUUGUUAAAAAAAUGAUCUUCAUUGGGGGGCGGGUUAAGUUGAGGUUGGAUGGCCAUCUGUCAUGGAUACUUUAGUUGAGAUUCCUGCAUUGCUGGGAGCUGGACUUGAUGACCUUUGGGUCCCCUCCAACUCUACAAGUUUAUAAUUACCAUAUAUACUCGAGUAUAAGCCGACUUUUUCAACACAUUUUUUUAUGCUGAAAAAGCCCCCCUUGGCUUAUACUCAAGUGAGGCAGGUACGAGCAGCCCCAAAGGGCUGAUUUUGGGCUGCUCGUUCCUCCUCCGCCACUGCCGCCACCACCAGGUUUGUGGUGUGGUGAACCGGCUUAUACUCAAGUCAAUAAGUUUUCCCAGUUUUUUGUGCUAAAAUUUGGUGCCUCGGCUUAUAUUUAGGUUGGCUUAUACUCAAGUAUCUUGGGAGAAAAGCAAUGACAAACCUAGACAGCAUCUUAAAAAGCAGAGACAUCACCUUGCCAACCAAGAUCCGUAUAGUUAAAGCUAUGGUUUUCCCAGUAGUGAUGUAUGGAAGUGAGAGCUGGAUCAUAAAGAAGGCUGAUCACCGAAGAAUUGAUGCUUUUGAAUUAUGGUGCUGGAGGAGACUCUUGAGAGUCCCAUGGACUGCAAGAAGAUCAAACCUAUCCAGUCUGAAGGAAAUCAGCCCUGAGUGCUCACUGGAAGGACAGAUCCUGAAGCUGAGGCUCCAAUACUUUGGCCAUCUCAUGAGAAGAGAAGACUCCCUGGAAAAGACCCUGAUGUUGGGAAAGAUGGAGGGUACAAGGAGAAGGGCACGACAGAGGACGAGAUGGUUGGACAGUGUUCUCGAAGCUACCAGCAUGAGUUUGACCAAACUGCGGGAGGCAGUGGAAGACAAGAGUGCCUGGCGUGCUCUGGUCCAUGGGGUCACAAAGAGUUGGACACGACUAAACAACUAAACAACAACACACUCAAGUCUAUACGGUAUAUGACCUGGGAAGGUGAUGGACUCUCCUUCAUUGGAGGUUUCUAAACAGAGACUGGGUGGGAAUCGGUCAGAGUGUCUUUACCUAUGAUUUCUGCCUUGCAAAGGGCUAGACUACAUGGCCCUUGGGCUCCCUUCCUACACGACAGUUCUGAUUCUGUGAUUUAAGCCACGCUUGGACAAGACUCGAGGGAGCAGCAGGAGCACCCAGGCCUUGCCACAUGGCCAUUUCAGUGAGCCCCUCACCACGGGGCGCAUUCCCAUGUGCGCGGAGACACAAUGCCUGCUUGCACCACCCCUCCAGCCCACCUGCGAGACAACUCUCUGCUGAAGCCCUUCCUCCUCUCCCGGGGGUCUUGUUGGCCAUUUGGAUCCCCUCCUCAGCUCGGCGAGCAGAUGCAAAAGGCAGCAAUGUCACCCUUGGGCAGCCCCUAAUUAGAUCCGGCAUGCCUGAGAAAUUACAUCUUAUGCUUCUCGUUACCGCCGCAUGAGACAAUCAGCGGCUCAAUUUCAUGCUAGAGUUGCAUCGCAUCAGAGGCCCGGUGCUCCGUUCGCGGGCACCUCUACACGCGACAGAACCUCUCCCCCCACACACACACGGCAAGUGGGGGAUAGGACAGAACGUUUUCCUCUCCAUUAGCACAUCCUCGGCCCCAUUGACUGAUUCGCUGCCUGCCCUGGAACAAGGGACAUUCAUUACCCAAGCCUGGGGUCAAAUCUGGACAACCUUUGUUACAUUUUGCUCAGGCAAAAAAAAAAAAAGUCUUUUGGUGCUGUAGUUGACAAAGACCAGCUCCGAACUGUACAACCACCCUCUCCCCCCUCCAAAGACCUAGAGUUCCCUAGAGAGCCAGUGUGGUGUAGUGGUUCAGAGCGGUGGUCUCGUAAUCUGGUGAACCGGGUUCGCGUCUCCGCUCCUCCACGUGCAGCUGCUGGGUGACCUUGGGCUAGUCACACUUCUCUGAAGUCUCUCAGCCCCACUCACCUCACAGAGUGUUUGUUGUGGGGGAGGAAGGAAAAGGAGAAUGUUAGCCGCUUUGAGACUCCUUAGGGUAGGGAUAAAGCGGGAUAUCAAAUCCAAAUUCUUCUUCUUCUUCUUCUUCUUCUUCUUCUUCUUCUUCUUCUUCUUCUUCUUCUUCUUCUUCUCCUUCUUCUCUGGAAUUUGUCUGGCGGUUUAGACUUGGUGGCUCAGUCGGUAGAGCAUGAGACUCUUAAUCUCAGGGGCUACAAUUCUAAGGAUCUAGGGUGUGUACCCCAUAAUAUGCACUCAGUGCUGGAUGUCCUUUUUGGGGUGGCUUAGUGAAAUAUCCUCAGAGUCAAGAGUGGAUUUCAUGCUCUUUAUUCAGCUCAUAGUGGUGAGGAGGAAUGGAAUUUCCCCCAGAAUGUAUGCUUUGUAUACAUUAUUUACACAAUGGGCCCCACGUGAUUGGCUAAUUCCGGGAUUCUCCUGUAGGCCAAUCAGGUUGUGGAUUCACUUCCACCUGGAGCUGGAUUGGGUGGAUCCUGCAGACCAAUCAGACUGCUGCAUUCUGGAUCCUAUUGUUCUAGGACCAAUCAGACUGCUGCAUUUUGGAUCCUAUUCAACUCAGUACACAACACUUAGAAGCCUUUGUACACCAAUAUAGAUAUCCUCUUUUUAUCAGUAUACCAGUUCACCAGUUUCCAUCCCUUCUCUUCCAAAAACUGUGAAUAUUUAUUUCAAAAAAAUUAUGCACUGCCUAAUUGUUAAAAGAAAAGAAAAAAACCACACACCUCAAAAUGGUGUACAAAAAAAGAUAAAGCAAAAAAAUUAUCACUAAGAAAAAUUACAAGAAUAAUUGAAAAUUUCAAAUGCUACUGGGUCAAGUUCAAGGUGUUCAGUUAGUAUCCAAAGCCCUUAAUAACUUGGGACCAGUCUACCUGCGAGGUCACCUUGCCCAUAUGCACCCACUUGGCUGCUUCUGUCGGUGGAAAUGCCAUCAUUACAGGUGUCGCAUAAGAGCCGUCCUGCUUUCAUUAGAAUCAUAGAAUUGUAGCGUUAGAGGGGACCAUGAGAGCAAUCUAGUCCAACCCUCUGCAAUGCAGGAAUCGAACUUGCUCUUUGAGUGUGGCAUCUUUUCGGCAGACUGCUUUGAGAUUUUUAUUUUAUUUUUACAAACCAGCAGUGUAUAGACAUUAGGAGACAAACAAUAUGCUAAAUAAGCAAAUUAAUAAUAUUAAGCAUGGGGGCCCUUCAUCAGCUAGAUGAUUUGCUCAUAGUCUUUUUAUUCUAUCCUAAUACCAGCUUCCCACUCCCAAGAUACAGGCAGACUUUGGUAAUCUUUUGUAAUAUGGCGCCCUUGCAAGGCCAAAAUUUGACACCCCCAAAUGGACCUUCUUAGUGAUGGAUCUUCUCAAUUUUGCACCCCUUCGGCUUGGCAUGCCGUGUAGCAGAACCGCUGUCCAAGAUCUAGACAUUCAUGAAGAAGCAGCAAUGUUGGUGCAAUGAAAUAUCUUCUCUUAUUCUCUUCUCUCCCCCCUCAUUAAAAAAAGGAAAGGGCAGGAGGCUUCCAGGGAGCUAAACGUGGGGGCCCUUCUUGUUCCCUCUCCAAAUCUCUUCUGGCAGUUGGAGUGUCAAGAAAUGCAUGUAAAGAGGCGAAAUAUUUAAGCAAACAGAUAGCAUCCAAGCCUCCCGCCUCCCCAGCUGAGUAAUUGCCAGCUUGUGAUGAGCAUGAGAAUUUGUCCAUUGCCCUUGGGCUGCUGCCUCACAAGGACAUCAAGCCCCGGAGUUCAGCGCGCACGGAUCCAGGGGGGGCAGGCAUGGGUGUCACAGGGUGGUCCCUGUGAGGGUGAGGGGACAAGCUGAGCUGCAGGCAGGGCACCCAUAGAAGAGCACCAUUGCAGACCUUUGAGAAAGGAAUAGUCUUUGGGAAUCCAGAUGUGUUAGAUGUGGGAAUGUUGUGAGGAUAUAUUGAUUACAGUCAUACCUCAGGUUACAGACGCUUCGGGUUGCGCGAUUUUGGGUUGCGUACCGCGCCGAACCCAGAAGCAGCGGAACGGGUUACUUCUGGGUUUCGGUGCUUGCGCAUGUGCAGAAGCACUAAAUCAUGCUUUGUGCAUGCGCAGAAGCACCCAAUAGCGACCCGCGCGUGCGCAGAUGCGGCGCUGCGGGUUGCGAAUGCUGCGGGUUGUGAAUGUGCUUCCCACAUGGAUCACGUUCACAACCCGAGCGUCCACUGUAAAUAUUAUCCUUCCGAACUCAUGCUAGUGAAUUUAUUCAUGCAGCAGAGUACAUUCCCCCUUUUACACAGCAGGAAACUAGUUGCAGAUUCGUUAGCGUCUCAUAAGUUCUAUUAUUCCUGGUUAAGAUCCCUUUGAAUCCUCAUAAAAGAAUAAAGACACAACAGUCUUGUUCAUAAGUAACAAUAAGAAGUUUACUCACGAUCAGAGCACAGUGUGGUCCCUGAAGGCAGGCUUUAGGCUUGAAGUUGCAAAUAAAUAGAAGGAGUGGAUUUACCCCAUAUGGAUAUAUCCCUGUACUGCCCGCUGAGAGCCAGCAGUGCAGUCCAGGAGGCAAAAGGCAAAAGAGUCAAAAAGAGGAAGGUGGCUGCAUGACUGGACCUUUUGUUAGGUCUGGAAGGGCCAUGCCCACCUACCUGGUCACAUGCAAAAGGAAGGAUGCUCCAGACCAGGUGUAACAGGAAGUUCAACUGGCUGGACCAACAUUUCCCUGCAUGUUCACUCUAGGCAAACAGGAAAUGUUGUACUUGACUGCUCCAGAGGAUUACAUCCCACAUUAGAGAUGAACAGGUAUCUUCCCCCCUGGCUCUGCAUACUGGGAAUUCUGGGUAGUAAAGGUAAAGGAACCCCUGACCAUUAGGUCCAGUCGUAGCCGACUCUGGGGUUGCGGCGCUCAUCUCGCUUUAUUGGCCGAGGGAGCCGGCGUACAGCUGGUCAUGCUAGUCAUGUGGCCAGCAUGACUAAGCCGCUUCUGGCGAACCAGAGCAGCGCACAGAAAUGCCGUUUACCUUCCUACCAGAGCGGUACCUAUUUAUCUACUUGCACUUUGACGUGCUUUCGAACUGCUAGGUUGGCAGGAGCAGGGACCGGGCAACGGGAGCUCACCCCGUUGCGGGGAUUCGAACCGCCGACCUUCUGAUCGGCAAGUCCUAGGCUCAGUGGUUUAACCCACAGCGCCACCCGCGUCCCUCUGGGACCAGGGUUCAAAUCCCCACUAGACCAUCAUUCGCUCAUCAUUCAUCCGUAAUUUUAUUUGUAUGCCACUUUUCCACUCAAAAAAAUCAGGCCAAAGUGGCUUACAUGCAAGAAGGCAUUUCAAAACCAAAGAGUGCAAAAACGUUUCCCUAACAUUUCAGUACUAUAAAUGUAACAAGAUCAGAGAUUGCCAUCUGUCAUGGGUGUUUUAGUUGAGAUUCCUGCAUUGCAGGGGGUUGGACUAGAUGACCCUCCGGGAUCCAUUCCAACUCUACAAUUCUAUGAGUACAUUAACAAAAUCCAACAGCAAAACUAAGUUGGGAGCUUGGCAGUUUUACCUUGGUCCUGGAAAAAUCCAUCCGAUGACGUUGCUCGCUCAUCAUGAAGCUCCCUGGGUGACCUUGGGCCAGUCGCUGUCUCUUGGCCUAACCUACCUCACAGGGCUACUGAGAGGAUUACAUGAGGACUGGGAGACGAGGGUUCAAAUCCCCACUUGGGCAUCAUGACACCCACUGGGUGACCUUGAGGCAUUCACUGCCUCUCAGCCUUUCCUCCCUCCUAAGGUUGUCAUGGGGAUUAAAGGAGGAGGGCGCGAAAGAACCAUGUAUGCCCCUUCAAGCUCCUUAGAGGAAAAAAAGUGGGAUAAAAAUGCAAUCAAUAAAUAAUAAUAAUACAUAGUAAAUCGUGAAUGAAGGCCACCCGUCCUCUGCUGCCUCCACCUCUCUCAACUGGGCGUUCUGGUAUAACUGCCUUCCCCCUGUCGCCCAGGUCAAAUUGCACUCCAUCAAUUCAGAGAUGGUUUUUAUAUGUACAGCAGCAUCUCAUAAACAAGGUAAUUUGCUUGUUCUCUGUGGCUUGAGGAGCUCCUGAAGGAAAUCCAUCUUGUGGAAUUUAAUGAGGUCUUUUUUUUUGCAGCUGAAGUUAUCUCUCUCAAGUUCAUGAAGGGAAAGAGACGUGCGUCUUUGAUGGUUUCAUGCCAAAGGAUGCUGCUCUGAUCCCUGAUUCCUCGACUAGCUCCUGGUUUUGAAACAUUAGUGGCUCUUUGGUCCUUUCUUGCUCAUCCCCGAGAGGAGCAUCUUCAAAGCUCAUGUCGUCGUGCUUCCCAGGCUCAAGAGAUUUCAACCAGAGGGGACAAAUACAGAGAAGUCCCCUUUGACAUCUAUUUAGGCCCCAUUUCCCAGAAAGAAUCUCUCAUUCAGGGAUCAAAAGAGGUGCCAGGGUGCAGAUUCGAGGGACCCGUGGACUAUGUACUCAUUUUAAAGAGUGGGGCCAUUCUACCAAGUUGUAAUUACCUUGGGGUUUUAAUUUCUUUAAAAAAGUAAACAAAAUAAGACAAAGACAAAGAGCAUAAAGAACUACUGUGCUGCCACAGCAGGUUCAAAACAGCAAAAGGUUGGACAUUAUCAUUGAACUUGUUGUUCCAAAAGAUUAUAAAAUAUACCCCCCCCUCCACAAACCUGUUAGGCUGGUUUAUAUGUAUUGUUUUGUAAUUAAUUAGCUUAAUCAAACCAAAUUUUCUUCAGUCCAUUCAGAUAUAGCAGGAGAUUUGAUUCCCCCACCUCCUAAUUAUUUGAUAUUGCAAUCUUAGCAGAUGUUUUAAGUUUGAACACUAUUUCUUGAUUAUUUUGUGGAAUUGCAGCUUUUAGAUAACCAAGCAGAACUAUUUAAGGUUCCAAGGGGUAUAUUGUAUCCUAACAUAUCAAAGACAUUAGCAUGAACAGAUUUCCAUAAUAUCUCCAGUUGAGAACAAUUCCAAAAGAUGUUUAUGUAAUCUGUUUUUAUUCAAUCCACCUCUCCAACAUUUAUACAAUCCUGAUUUAUAUAGGAUAGGACAAGUUGGGGUCUUAUUUCUUUUUAACCUUUUGCAAAUUCACAGGGUCCUACUUCUAGAUAAGUGGGUAUAGGAUUGCAGACAUAGAAAAUUAACUUUAUUUAUUCCCAGACUUUUGGGGGCCACUCCCCUUGGAUCCAUAAACUCACCCCCAGUGCCUCCCACCUUACCUUAUAAAAAGGAUUAUUCGGGAGAGCGGUUUGCAUGACCCACUAAGGCAGAUAAUAGAACACAGUAAAAUGCAAAACAGCAACAAUUAAUUGCACAUGUAUUCAAAAUCCAAUUCAAACUCUUUUGUUGAAUUUAUUCGACAGACUUGAUCCAGUGAUACCAGCUUUUUAAAGUCUGAUAGUCAUUGACACCUCUGGCAACCCCCUUGUCAUCCCCUUGCCUCUUAGCACCCACCCCCCUGGAAUCCCACUGCCCCCGAAGAGCAGUACCCUCCCCCACUUGGGAACCAUUGCACUAGACUGACCACAACACGCUCCAGCACAUCUCAGGUUUCUUAUUGUACAUUUGUUUGGCUCACACCUGGCCUGGCUGCUUAACUGGUAGAGCAGCAAUCCAUUUGGAAGUUCAUAUUGGCGCAACCUAUUGGUGUUUCGCAACUUUCUGACUAGUUGUAGGACCUUAGCCUGCACACACAGAAUCCACGGAAGCAAUUGGCAACUUGGCUGCAGACAGGAUAGACGAAGCAGGAACCAGGAACUUGUAGUUAGGUGUUUAUUAUAUACAGUGGACUAUUUACAGGAACAGAACACGGAUCUUUAGCUUGCUCUCUCAUACACGACUCACAACUCCUACACUGACACAGAACAACUGAACACGAACUCCAAACUAACACAUUCCAGUUAGUAGGCCAUUAAUUAUCACUCCUUUGAGAGAGCUUGACCAAUCAGGGAGCAGUCUCCAUGUCUCUGUUAUCACCAGGCAGACUUACUCCUUCAGAUUGCCUUCUGGCUGUCUGCCAAACCUUAAUUGACUCUGUUUGAGUAGCUGCACGUACACAGUUUCCCAACAGUUUAUAAGGUCAUCCGGCCAUCUCCUAUACCCAGGACCUCUAAGAGGCAUCAGGAAUGGAAGUCCCCUUCUAUGGCCUAUUUAUCGAUGUUAACUGUCCAUACACACAAGCAGAAGCAGAUAUUGUAAUAUCCAGUGGAUUGAGAUUCGCCAGAAUCUCCUUCCUUGUUACACGAACCCAAGGUAUUCCAUGCUGUUGGUUGUGAUCCCUUUGUUCUGGAUGACCUGAUGAUUGAUGAUGAUGAUGAUACCAGUGGAGCAUAUUUCAAGAUGUGCUCCAGCUCAGUAAUCCUCACAACACCUGCAAAGGUAGACUGGAAUUAUUAGCAUCUGGUAGGAGAUGGUGAUCAGGAGAAGUGAGGAAGCUCCCUUUCCCAGCCCAGUCAGAAAUGUCAAUUUAAAGUAUCUGUAUGUAUGGCUGGUCCACACUUUUGCUUGCCUUAUGCCUAGGAAGUGCAGAUCCAAGUGGUUUUCUGCUUUCUAGGCACGGGUCCGAGUGAUUUUGCCUUUGUCCCCCCAGAAAACAUGCUCUUUAGCGAUAAAUCAGAACAAACAGCAAUCUGUGCAAAACGUGAUUGCCGUUUGCUCCAAUUCAGAGCUAAGCCAUGGGUGUUCCCAGGGGAAGGCAGCGGGGCAAGCAGACUUGUGGAUGAGCCCAUUGUCUUCACUGACUAGCAAGGGGUUGCCUUGUAGAGAGAAGAGAGACCUUUCCUAUCAUCUCCUGGCUGAGAUUGUUUACAGCCGGGGUUUAAACCUGGGUCCUCCUGCAUGUCAAGGGUAAGCUUUGCUGCCAGUGAGUGGUGAGCCUUCCCCAGGAGGCUGCAGAGAGACUUGAACUCAGGACCAUCAGUAUGCGAAGCAGAUGUGAUAAUAGUGGGUAGGGGUACAUGGUGUGUGCGCGCGUGCACGUGUAUGUGUGUGUGUAGAACAGUGGCUUGUCUAAGGUCUGCCCAUGAGUUCAUGGCUUUUACCCAAGCUAUUUGAGGGACUGUGAGAUGCGGGUGGCGCUGUGGGUUAAACCACAGAGCCUAGGACUUGCCAAUCAGAAGGUCAGCGGUUCGAAUCCCUGCGACGGGGUGAGCUCCCGUUGCUCGGCUCCUGCUCCUGCCAACCUAGCAGUUCGAAAGCACGUCAAAGUGCAAGUAGAUAAAUAGGUACCACUCCGGCGGGAAGGUAAACAGUGUUUCCAUGUGCUGCUCUGGUUUGCCAGAAGCGGCUUAGUUAUGCUGGCCACAUGACCCGGAAGCUGUACGCCAGCUCCCUCAGCCAUAAAAGUGAGAUGAGCGCCACAACCCCAGAGUCGGCCAUGACUGGACCUAAUGGUCAGGGGUCCCUUUACCUUUACCUUAUUUGAGGGACUAUAUCCUCCCAUCAAACCGGCCUGGGUUCUGAAAUCUUGAGGGAAGACCCUUCUCUCAGUCCUGCCUCCAUCACAGGCCUGCUUGGUGGGGAUGCAGGAUAGGGCCUUCUCGGUGGCUGCUCCCAAGCUUUGGAACUCCCUCCCUAGAGAAGUUAGACUGGCUCCCUCCUUGUUGUCCUUCUGACAGCAAGUGAAGAUGGUAUUAUCCCUACAGGCCUUUGGGAAAUGACUGUUGUAUUUUAAGGAAAGGGCUUUUAAGGAGUGCUGUCCUGCUUUUAUUGUUUUUCACCAUCUGCAUUUUAAUAGAUCUGUUCUUUAGACUGUUUUAAUUCUAUUGGAGUUUAAUGACUUUUAAACAUUUGUAGCUUUUUGCGUUUUAUCUGUGUUGCUUUGAUUGGGGUAUUCAGUCUUGAGUCUUGGGCAGGGUAAUGGAAGGGAUAUAAAGAAACAACAACAACAACAAGAAGAACUACAGUGCCCUCCCAUCAGAUGUCCAGGAAAUAAACAACUACCUGAAUUUUAGAGAACAUCUGAAGGCAGCCCAGUUUAGGGAAGUUUUUAAUGUUUGAUGUUUUGUCAUGUUUUUAAUAUUCUGUUGGAAGCCACCCAGAGUGGCUGGGGAGGCGCAGCCAGAUGAGUGGGGUAAAAGUAUUAUUAUUAUUAUUAUUAUUAUUAUUAUUAUUAUUAUUUUGAUGCAGAGCCUCCUGCAGUCACUGCCUAGGUCACUGCCCAGGAGAGCUGCAUUGCUUUGCAUGCCCACAAUGACACUUGCCAAUAUCCUCGCCUGAAACCAAGAGGUCUGGCUCCUUGGGUCGGAAAGAGAGAAGCAGCUCUUUCAGGGAAAACUCCAGUGCCCUGGGGUGGCUGCCGCUCUGUUGAACUGACCCUCCUUUCUUUUCCUUUCUCUCUCCCCCUCCUCCUUUCUCCCUGCAGAAGUCGCUGACCACAGACAUGAUCCCUGAACAGAAGACGUUUGUGGACACAAAUGGAUCUGGCAUCCGGCCUGCUGUCCCAGGGACCCUCUUUGCUCUCCCUCUCCUCCUUUUGAUAGUGGCAUUAUAGAAGAAAAGAAGGAUGAGUGCUCUGAGGGGGUGGGGGAAGGCGCAGCCCAAACUUUUGCGCAUGCAGAGAUGGACAAAGACACCUUGAAAACGUUUCCUUCGGCCUUUUGGCCUUCUGGAGUCUCUGCUUUCGAAAAGGCACGGCAGCAAGUUUUGCAGGAGCUUUGACAGGACAAUUUCCCCCAGGAAAUCUGUGCUGAGGGAGCACUUAAACGCCGGGAAUUCUGCAUACUCAAAAGAGGGGGUUUUUUCGCUUUGUGUUUCCUUUUGGUUUGAAGUGUCUAGAGCAAGAGUCCGAGAGUCUCCCAUUGUGUCCAAAUACAUCCAUUUUUGAAAGGGGUCGCGAAUGGCGUUUCAAAGAAGCACGCCUGCUUUUGCAAGCAGUUGGAGAAUCUUGAGGAGGCUGACUCUGGACGGAGAGACUGAGCCAGUUGUGGCUUAUGCGCCUUAGUUUGCCAAACUGCUUUGCAGGGCAAGAGACAGCUAUGUCCCUUCCCCCCUGUCCCCCCAGUCUCCAUACCAUUCCUUUUUGCUGCUUGGAAAAAAACCACACACACACACAACUGUUUCCUUCCUCCCCUCAGCCAAGCUUGGCUUCCGUCACCCACAGAAGUGUCUUAACUUUCUCCUCUCAAAGCAGAAGGUGGAGAAGAUGUUUGUGCAGCUGGCGGGGGGCAGGGGGUCCCUCCAGGAGUGCAAGGAGCACUGUGAGAUGAGCAGCAACACCCCAUGAUUUUCUAGGCCUUCAGGACAGCCUUCCUGAUAGCAAACCCAGUCAAGUGUCGUGGUGGAAGAAGAAGCGUAUCGGACAGGUUCAGAGGAGAUACCCCGUUCUGCUGUUUCUUCUGAUUCCCUUCCUCUCUCUUUUCUAGGAUUUUUGCUGUCCAACAGGUGAAGCUUCUCCUCUUCUCAAGGUUGCCUCAAUGUCACUUUGGGUUCCUGAUGGAUGGAAGCAGCCAUAGCUGGCAACCAGCAUUCAUUACUCUCCUUUGAUCCUAGCCAUAUCUAGCAUAUGUACGUCAAGAGAGACCUCCUUCUUUAUAUACCGUAUUUUUUGCUCUAUAAGACUCACUUUUUCCCUCCUAAAAAGUAAGGGGAAAUGUGUGUGCGUCUUAUGGAGUGAAUGCAAGGCUGCGCAGCUAUCCCAGAAGCCAGAACAGCAAGAGGGAUUGCUGCUUUCACUGCGCAGCGAUCCCUCUUGCUGUUCUGGCUUCUGAGAUUCAGAAUAUUUUUUUUCUUGUUUUCCUCCUCCAAAAACUAGGUGCAUCUUGUGGUCUGGUGCGUCUUAUAGAGCGAAAAAUACGGUACAUAUGGAUAUACGUAACCAAACACAUAACCUGGAUAGGGUUCCUUUAGCUUUCCUGUCUUCUUUUUUAAGGAUCAAAACCACAACAAAAAUGUAUUAUUGUAAAGGUUUUUUUUCCAAUUAUUAUUUAACCAAUGUCUACAACAGGGAACAAAAUAUCUCUGCCCUCCAUGUUCAAGAUGACCUCCUCCAGAGCCCUGGGGCUGGUGGGGGUGUUGGCAAGAGGAGAGCGGUUGGGAGUGCUUAACCAAUAUCUAAAAUAAACAUACCAAGAAGCAAAGUGUGUGCUGUUUGAGUCACUGGC